AUGGCCGUGGCCGCGGUGACGGCACCGACCGUCCAGCCCGUCAAUCCGCUGAGCACCGUGUACGCGACCAAGAGACGACGGCGCAACGGCAAAAGGUAUGUAAUAACAGUAAUGCGGGUUACUGCGAGGGUCAAUCAAAAAGUGCGUUGUAUUAUAAUUAGGUUAUAAUUUUAAAAAAAAAUAGUCGGUAAUUCCAUAAAGAAAUGUUGGUUUCAGUUGAUUUCUGAUCUCUAAUCGCCGUGCAUAUGGUAUCGAAAUAGACAUUAAGAUCUUAGGAUUAAAAUGAGUCCUUUGUGUUUUAUUAAAAAAAAAAUAAUUCUAAACGAUCUGUGGUCGUUUGUACACUAUUUUCGUUGAUUUCAUGACAUUUUUUUCUUUUAUGAAAUAUUAAAACGUCGUGCGCCUUUGCUAAAUAUUAUCCAAUUGGCCUCAAACUUUGAGAAUAUUUUUUUUUUAUUGUUAUACGGCACAAAAUACGGGCAGGUGUCCUGAAUUGAAAUUAGCAAAAUAAAGACAAUCCUAUUGGAUAUAUAUAUAUCCGAUUACCCAACCGCGAAAUAAACUUAAUAUAAAAAAAUCACGAACACCGAUAUUUCGGAAUAUAAAACUGUGAAAUAUACAAAAUCACUUGGAAAAUAACUAUUAAGAAGAUGUUAUAUCCGCAUUUAAUUUCUCAGUUCCACUACCGGGUAACAUGCAAAACCAAUGCUUACGCAGAGUAUGUAAACCUGGCUUGAUUAUGAUUUUAGAUUAAAAGCACCUAUUAUGAAAUGUAUAGAGAACAAUAUUUUUGGAGGGAAUGUCAUGCGUGUUUUUUGAAUUAUGAAUUAUUAAAAUAGUCACAGUUAUUUAAAAAGAGAAAAAAAAACGUUAUUGUUUCUAUAUUAUAUCGAGCUGUAUAUUUUAAACACUAUACAAAAACCCAAUGACGUUCCCUCCACAAUAAUGUUCUCUAUACAUUACUAUACUAUCUUUCAUAACAGGUUCUUUUACUCUAAAUUCAAAAUUGAGCUAGUUUUACUUGUUCUGCGUAAGCAUUGUUUUUGCAUAUCGGCCGGUAGUUGAACCGAGUCAGUAUAUAGGCGCGUACAACGUCUUCUUUACGACCAAUUUUGUGUUAGCCUUGUCUUAUCGAAUCGUGACGAAUCAAACGCGCUUUGUUAACGUAGUGAUCGUGUAUAAAAUCAUGUGGACAUUAUCGUGUAUAAUCUUUUGGGUCGCCUUUUUAGAACAAUACUGCGAGUUCCGAGGCAUUUUCUACCACCCGGGCGCAAUGUUCGUCUGUAUGCCUGUACAGAAAUAAGUGCAAUAAUUUCCACCUAGCCAUUAUAGGUAGAGGCGUACACACACGCGUACUGCAAUAACAAAACGUUAUAUUAUUAUUAUUAAGGCGGUUUUUUCAACACUAAGUAUAAUUUAACUGCUGCGCUCGCACGCGUAUAUUAUUGUUGUUGUUUUUUUUUUUUUUUUUUUAUCCAUAUAAUACUACUUAUCAUAACAUGUUGAUUGAUACAAAUCGGCCGCGCGUCCAUAAUAGUAAUAACAGUAAUAUAACGUUUACACCCUUAUGCGCGUACAAUAUUUGUGUACAUAUAAAUACACGACGGGCGCCGCCGCCGCGUGUGUUUGUGUAAUUGAUGCAUUUUGUACUCCCGGUAUGACGUCACUGGCUCCAUUACCGAAGAUUAUGUUACACCGGUAACUUCCAUGUAUUAUAUAUAUGUGUAUAUAUAUAUAUAUAUAUAUGUGUGUGUGUGUGUGUGUGUGUGCGCGUACAAGACGACGGCGACGCAAGAACAACACACAGUGGAUCCGGACCGGUAAUGUAAUGUUUGUCCAUCACGCAAUCCGGCGCGGCCGACGCCGCCAAAAGCGGGCCACUGGCCGCGCGCGCGUUCUAUACCGAUGUAAUGCAUACGUAUAUACACGCGGGAGGACCGCCGGCCGUCCCUCGUGUUUUCCGUCUGCGCGCGGUCGGACCCGAGUCCCCGCGGCGUCCGCCCUUUGAAAAAGUAAUGAUCAGUGGUCAAUUCCUACCGCGUGCGGUCGCACCCUGCGCCGCGUGCGCGCGCGGGUUUAACUCGCGCGCGCACGUGUGCGAGCCCGGGGAUUUACGACUUACGGGGGGAUCGUUACCGCCACAGCCCGCGCGCACGUUCUCGCGCCAGUUCUUUACACUUCUCGUACCGCAUCCGUGUACGCGCGUAUCGAGAAUCAUAUCGAAAUACACACUCGUUUUCAUUAAAUUAUGUUAUGCGUAUUAUAUUAUUGUGUACUCGCAAUAAUUCGUAACAGACGUUUGCCGGAAAAUUACAUUUACAGUGCGGUUUCGAGAAACGCGAAAAUAAAUUCGAUUUUCCCGGCGAAUCUUCCGCGAAUGAAAAUCACGGCCAAACAGAGGCCUCCGCCCCUCCCCGUAAUUUUCCGGAAAAUAACCAAAUGGCCAGACAACUUAGACGCGUAUAAUAUCGUAUUAUGUAUAUAUAUAUAACGGACUAUAGAUAACUACUGUCUAUACCGAAAGCGUUAUCUCGGUGCAUCAAAAUUCCGUUCUUAAAGAGCAAAAACGCAUUUUUCCUUCCGACCUGUUAUCCGACGUUGCAUGAAAAAAAAAAAAUCGACCGAUAUUUUCUAUCCAAUUCUGAAACGUGAAAAAAAAAUUAUAGGACCAAAUCUCAAACACUCCGACAUUGCUUGUCCUAUGAUUUUAUUUUUUCCGGGCGUACGGGGGGAACUGACCUCGUAAUCUUUUUCGAUAUCACUUUUCUAAUGUCUGUGAUUUUACUCUCUGACCGUUGAUUUUCCGGUACAUGAAUAAUACAUAUGUCAGAUACGUCGUAAUAACGAUUUGUAUACACACAAGCGCGCGCGCGUAAAAAUAAUAAUGAUUAAUGAGUAAAUCCACCUUACGAGUAUUACGAUAAAACAAAAAAAAAUAAAACGGAGUUGAACAAAUUAUUUUAUAAUUUUAAAUGCUAAUUUACUUGGAAAAUUGUUUGGUGAAUAUUUGGUGAUAUAUAGGCGACAGUGGCGGUCGAAUGUCAUGCGAGAGGACGAGGCUGAUUUUCGAUAAUUUUUUAAAAAAAAUAUUUUAACAUUAUUAUUAUUUUUUUUUUUACAAAUAUACGGGUAAUGCAAUAUAUUAUUAUGAACAUUAAAGGGGAAAAAGUCAUUGGGGACGAUGUAUCUCCCACGUCGCCACUCCCCGUUUGGCCGCGCCUGAUAGGCGAACAGAUAUACGAUUGACUUUUGUUCAUUAUAUAACAAUAACAAUAUUAUAAAAUAUCUAAUAUAUUUCAAGUGAUUAAAAUAUUCGUAAUAUAAUGAUAAUAAUAUAUUUUUAUUGUAAUCAAACAUAUAUACAAUGAGCAUAUUCUUUUACAUACAAGUUACUAAACCCCUGUAAGCUAAUGCUUGUUGCGGGGUUAAGAGUUCAAUGAUUUCUUUAAGUUUUUAGGAAGUAAGGUUUGCUACACAAAAAAUUAAAUAAUUAUAAUCAAUUAGAACCUAAUUAGAAAAAAAAUGUACAAUUUAGAUAAACAAAUAUAGAUAGCAAUAUAGGUGGCAUACAAGUUUAAGAGCUGUAUCAACAAGAGUAUGUAACUUAAGUAAAGCAAAUCAAAUAUAUAGAUUAAUAUAUUUAAAACUAAGUAUAAGAUUCAAACAUUCAUAAUACUAGUUUAUUAAUGAAGUUUUCAUACAGAAUACAAUUAUGGAAAUUCAAUAUAUUUAUAUUAAAUUUGAUGCAUAUUUAAUGGAUCAAUUUUAUCAAAAUUGGAGUUACAAUUAUACUUAGUGAAAUUAACAUUUUUUUGGUAUUUAUUGUACGGUAAUUGUACACGAUCGUUAAAAGGAUUUAAAUAUUCUUUUAUUUGUAUGCACAACACAUUUUAAUCUAUAGAUUUUCUCGUUCUCUAUUAGGUAUAGGUAGUUGAUAAGGCAAAUUAAACUAUACAGUCUAGCUAUAUAAAAACGUAUAUACACAUUAUUGACACAAACUAUUACAUAAUAUGUACCUAAAGUAUGUACGAUGUACAUAAAAUGAUAUACCUACUUGUAGUAUACUUAAAACCUGCAUGGCAUUCGAUUUCAAUAGAAUAUAAUUUUAUAACCACUUUUUUUUUUAUUUUCUGGUUAAUCUUACCACCUAUUCGUAUUUAGUUAUAUACUUAAAAAAAAUUGGUUUUAUUUUUACUCGAUUCCCUUGAACCUAUUAUUUAUAAGUACGCUACGUUAAUAAAAUAUACAAUGUAGUCGCCUAAAUACGUAAUAAUUCAAGUAUGCGUAAUAACAUUAAACGUAGGUACAUCGAAAACCAAAUCACUAAAAUUGAUUAAAUAGACGUAUUCACCUAUAUACACGGUAUAUUAUAGUAAACUAGUGCUAGUAUGCAAUGAGAUCAUAUAAACGUUGUUAUACAUAAUAUUAUUUAAUAUAUAUGCAAUAAUAAAACGAAUUAUACAGAUUAUUUUAUUAUUUCAUUAAUGUCGUUCGUUCGAGUAUGUAGACAAAAAAAAAAUAAAAAAUAGUGUCCGUCCGUACGAUUAUAAUAAUCUAACAUUAUUAUAAUGUCGGCUAUGUAAUCAAUUUUUGAAAUGGACACCACCGACGCGGCGUCCUGCGAUUCCAGUAACAUAUUAUAUCGGUCUCAUCACACACACACACACACACACACAUAUUUUAGGCGUGUAUAUACGGUUUUGAAAUUGAUGUAAACAACAAAAACAGACACACUAUACCUGUAUAAUAGAACGCUAUAGAAACGUCAAAAGUGAUUUUUAAUAACAAACUAUAAUACCUGUAUAUACAUACGCAGACCCGUAUACCCGCUAUGGAAAAAAAAAAAUCGAGAACAAACCCGUUGUGAGUGCGCGCGCGUUGUAGUCUUAUAUACAACAGGGAUAAUUUGAGGUAAUUGCCGGGGUCGGAAGACGUCUAAAAUACAUUUAAAUUAUACGGUUGUCCGGGUUGUACAACGCGGCCUUUCUCCGAUUUGCCGACGUUUUUCCGCGUUCUGGGUAAAAAAAAAAAAAAUAAAAAAAUAGGUAAUAAUAAUAAUAGUAGUGAGAGUCAAAUGUAAAAAAAAAAAAAGAAUACAUCGCGAGUAGUGUACAUUCGAUGUAUGUUCUAGUGUACGUGUGUGUGUGUGUGUGUGUGUGUGGAGUAAAUCACUUGACAGGUGAAACCUUAUUUUAUGUACACACAUAAAAAUGUAUUACGCAAAUUAUCGUCUGCAGCCCGUUGACGUACAUAUCCGUAGUGUAUAAUAUGUAGUAUUUUUUUUUUAUUUUUUUUUACUCGCAAAAUCUUUUACUAUAAGUAGUGUAAUAGUGUACAUUAUUUCUUUUUCUUUUUUUUAUUCGUAACAUUCUUUAUACAAUUAUUUGGUUUUAAACGAGCAAUGUAAAACUAUAAUUUUGUAAAAGAAUAUAAAAGUACGUCUAAAUUCGCUUGGAGCUGUGUAAAGUUAAUGAAAUUUCAUAUUAUAUUGCGUUAUUUUUUAUAUAUAUAUAUAUAAUCCAAUACCCAACCACAAAAAAAAAGCCCCUGUAAAAAUUGAAUAUCUUCCAAGAUGACGCACACGAUACCACACAAUAUAUACGCUUCUCCUCUUAUAUUAUAAUCCUAUAAUGGGUUCCGCAAAUUUUCUUCAUACAAAAAAUGUUUGGCUUUAGUCAAAAGUAACGCACGAUUUCGCAUAGUUAGUAUAGAUAAUUGUUUUCCUCGCUGAUUUGAUUUCACGGUAUUUCUAGAGUUUAUGGAGUAAUAACUAAUAACUGUUUGUUCGAAUAAUUCAUGCAUUGCGUUUUUGGUCCAAGGGAAUAAUAGCUCGAGUCAAUUUUUUUAAGUUUUUAAAGCAAGAAAAUUGUAUUGUUGAAAAUACAUACGAUCGUGAAAUUUGGAGAAAUGUAAGGAAAAAGUGCAUUUAACCCCUACUUCCGCGAGUGGCGCCAAAUAAUUAUGUAAUACGCCUUACAUAAAACCAAAUUCCCGUGCUCGUCGCUUAAAAUUUUAUCUUCGGAACUUGUAUCAAAUGUUUUAUUAAGAGUAUCUGUCGGGCGACUACAAGCAAGUACACCUUUCGAGGCUUUGGAGUCCCGAACAGUUUUCUUCUGUAGUCGGAAAUAUAGCUAAUAUAAUACAAAGUAGGCGUACAAUAUGUAGACGUGAUCGCGAUUUCCACGUAUUACCAUUACAGCGAUUGAAAACACGGUAAAGUUGUUUGAAGUCUUGCGAGUGAAACGAUGUCUGUUUUAGUUGCGAAUAUACCCGGGUUACGAAACAAAUGCGCGUUAUUAUUUUAAGAGCUACGUAUUUACGAUACAAUUACAAUUUACCAGCGGGGGAGUUUUUUUUUUAACUAAUUUUUUGUCGUUUUGUUUUUUUUUUUUUUAACCGGACAUUUAUGCCGGGCCGACGAGUAUUAUACAGCGACGUUAAACCAUCCGGAAUAAACGAUAUCCGUGGAGGUGUUUUAUUACGGGCCGUCGACGGUCCGGUUCGCAAACAUCUCAAGACACGUUAACAUUACAUUAUUAUUAUUAUUAUUAUUAUAUACCGAACGUGUCCUACUGCUAGGAUCGGGUUAACCCGGUUAGUGAUUACUGUAUGCAUAAUACACACAUGAUGCGAUCCCGGUGUUCGGAUCGGGUGUUAUAUUAUAUUAUGGUGUCACACGACUGACGCUAUAAUAUAAUAUAAUAAUAUAUAAUGUAUACAUUAUUAGAAAACUGCGGUCAUUAUUAUUAUUAUUUUUUUUUAGUUGUCGUUUAAUUUUUUUUUUUUUUAAUUACAAUAAUCUAUGCGCUACGGUGAUGGACACAUCCAAAUAAUAUUAAAUACUAUAUAUUAAUACUUUAGUUUAGAUAAAUUAUAAUAUCGAAUAUUUUUAUUCCAUGAUCGAGCUGGGGUCCUCGGGCGUAAUAAAAUCGUCAAGUGCUUAUCCGCGUAUUUUUAUUGUGUAUAUGAUGGAUAGAUAUGAAUAUUUAAUUUAAUUUUUCAGUAUCUCAGGAGACUGUAACAUGGAAAACGUGUACGUUUUGGAUUUUAUAUAAAUAUUAUAGUGUUUAAACGGGCGGGGGAAACACACAGCGUAGGACGUAUAGUAUGUUUAUCCCCGGAUAUACAAAUAAUUCCUAUACAAUUCCGGCAUUGGUUUUUUCCACAACCGAAUGCAAACUAUUCGAAUAGUUUUCAAUCUAUCGAAUAGUUCGACAGCAACUGUAUUCGGUUGUGCCGUCACUAAUCUGUACGAGCAAAUUAGAUUAUACGUGUAAAGUCUAAUAUUUGCACGAGCUUAAAUAAAACGAUUACAUUCAAUGUAUUAUUUAUCGCUGUUUGCAGAACAUAAUAUGUAUAGCGCACUACAGUACGGAAUCGACACGCUCAAUAUUUUGGUUUAACGAGCAAUGAUAACAUGAAUAAUGCAGUUCGUUAAAAAAAAAAAAAAAAAACCGUUAAUAAAAUAUCUAAUAAUAUAAUAUAAAAACCCGAAACGCGCAUACACGCAUUUUUUUCGAAACUCCACUAUUUUUUUAUUUGGUUUAUAAUACGUUUGAUGUAUAUCAGAAUACAUUAUGUAACUAUUAUAUAAGUCAUUGAUUAUAAAAUAUAAUCACAAUUAGAUAUAGGUUAUAUACAACCUGCACAUUUUAGAAUAUUAAUAAUAAUAAUCAUCAAGUAUAAUAAAACACUCCGCAUUCAAAAUUGAUAUAACGAAGAUAUAAUGUCUGCGUUAGAUUCUCAGAUAAAUAUUGCGACACUUUAGGUUGAUAUUCGUAAAAAAGAUAUAUCUAUCAAAACUAGUUACAGUGUAAUGACGGUUCGUAAAAAGAAAAAAAUCAAAUUAGCUUUGUAUACAGUUAAAAAUGUUUUAAGGAAUGUCACUGACGUUUAAAAUGACACUGAUUUUAAAAAAAAAAGUUGAAAAAACUGAAAUAUAUUUAUUUUUUUUUCACAACGUAAUUACGCUACGUGAUAUACAUUAUUCGAUUAUCUAUAUUAUUAUAAUUUUACAAAAAGCUGAUACUGUUGAUGGGUGUGUUGAAGUUUUGAAGCGUAGGAUACAUCCAGUUGUUUAAUUUAUAUCUGUACACAACGAUAAAUCAAAAAACGACCUCCUAAUGCACCGACUAAAGACAAAAUUAUGUUACAAAUAAGAUGCUAAAAUUGAAAUCCGGAGCAACAUUUCUGGUAGAAAAUUUGUUUACAGGCGUAAACAGAUUAAAAAAAAAAAAAAACUAAGACAAAUAGAUAAAUAGAAUAUAAAAAGAUAAAUAGAACUAAUAACUUGCUGCACUCAAAUCUAAAAUGCGCAGCACAAGAAUAUCAUUCUUUAUUUUUUUUCGAAUAGGUAUAAUAUUAUUGUUAGAUAAUACAAGCGGGACAUCGCGGUGGUGUAUUUUAAGUUUAGAUUAAACAGAUUGCAUUAUAGUAUCGCACGUAUUGAACCUAACUGUUUUGUGCUUAUGGAUUACAAUACUAUUUGUUCGGAACAUGCGUUAAGUACAAACGGUAUAGAAUGCAGUUAGGGUUUGACUUGUGUAUUGCCGGCUCCCAUAUAUUAAACGCGUAUUAUUAGCAUAUUAGUAUUUGGUUGGCUUCGUCUCUUUAAGCUGUACAUUUACUGCAUGUGUCAGGAAAAAAAACACGAAAUGACCAAUGGUGAUGUUAUUCUAUAGUAUUUGAUAUGAGUCUAUUGCUGCGACUAAUAAGUAUAAGUACGUAUAAUAUUUCAAUUUAACGACAGGCUAAUUAUUUUAUCACGAACUAUAGAUUUUCUCGGAGGGUUUUAAAUGAGUUUGUUAACUGUUUUUUUUUUUUUUUUUAAUCAUUAAGGAUCGUUUAGGUUUUAUUUUAACAUUAUUUUCAGUUUUCAACCCUAGUUCUUAAACCUGAAAUGAGUAUAAGCUCAUUUUUAAAUAGGAACCCCCCUUUUAAUCACGGAUUUAUACAGAGAAUAUUUUUCUAGAAAUUUUGAUUUUAUAACACUAUUAUCAGAAUAUCGUUUAUGAGUUCUAAGCUUAAAAUUUAGACCUGAGAAGUACGGAAUAAUUUUCUUAAGAGUAAUCAAUUUGUUAUUUAAAAAUUGAUAGGUAAUUUAUUGCUCUUCUCCGAUUAAUAAACUUCAAACCGUUAUAAAUCAAAACUACUUAAUCUGAUGUUAGUAUUAUGUACAUCAAAUUUUCUAGACAAUUAUUCUCUAAUAGAAUAUAUGAUUAAAAGGAGGAUUGCUAUUUAAAAAGUCAGAGUAGAUACGCAUUUAAAGCAUAAAGAGUGAGGAUAAAAUAUUGAAUAUAAAGUGUAUACAAGCUUAAACAAUUUCAUAAUAAUUAAACAAAAUCACUUAAAAUUCACUUAAAAUCCUCCUAGAAAAUUGAUGGUUCAUCAUAAAAUAAUUACCCUACACAUAUUUAAACAGGCUGUCCAACGAAUAAAUACUCCUUGAAUAUCUCUGAAGAUAAUAAAGAUAAUCAAAUUCUGAUUUUUAAUAUUACUCACAGGGAUUAGGACUACAAAUAUUUUUUUUUUUAUUAAAUAUUUAAAAAAUUAACUUUUUAUUUUAUUAUUUUCUGAAAAUUUUAAUGUAUCACACAUUUAUACUUGAUGAAUAGUUUCUAAGUAACAGCCGUUUUAAAUUCUACUAAUUCAUGUGAAAACAUCUAAAAAAUAUCAUAACCGUGUUACGCGAUAAAUUUUCAGAAAAAUAAACUCUACAGAAUGGUUAUCUUAAAUAUCUGCCGAAAAUAAAAAAAAAAAAAAUUAAAUUUUUUAAAUGUGUUUAAUAAAAAAAAAAUAUUUAACUAAAAAAUAAAUAUUUGUAGCCCUCAGCUCUGUGAGCAAUAUAAAAACAGAAUUUGAUUAUCUUUAUUAUUUCCGGAGAUACUCAAGGGGUAUAUCUUCAUGGGACAGCAUGUAUAUAUUUUUAGUUUCAGUUGAGAAAGGUUUAAUCUAAUUUUUGGAAUUUUUGUUUUGUUAAUUUUGUGUUACCUAUGUAAUUUUUCGGUCUGAAUGGCAUAAGUGUAUAUGUAUUUUCAUUUAUGUAUACGCAUUUUAUUUGUUUGUAUUGAAAACUAAACAAAAUUGACCUAAGCCAUUCUUCCCUGAAAUCAAUGAGAUAUAUAUAUAAGUAUAAUAUAGUAUACUAAAUGUAUUUUAAUAGGUAUACAGACUAUUAUAUUUAAUUUCCUGCAUGGGGUUCGGCGAUUAAUGUUUCAAAAAUUGUUUAUAGGCUGUCAUCGGUUAACCCUAUGCAGGGUGUCUAGAAAAUGCCAAUAAAACGGUGGAUAUUAUGUGUAAAGGGUUAAGCCGCUGACACGUGUCGGGUAUUUUAUGGCUAUUCGACAGCAGAAUAAUGCAGUUAAUGGAAGGCGCGUAUUUUGUGUGUUUAUAAUAACUAAUAUAUUGAACAUACACUUUUAUUCAUCGCUACAGGAUUACAAUAUACAGAGUGUAACAGGAUUAUUUGAUAUUUUUACAUUGUAGUUGCAUGUGAAAAUGUCAAAUAGUCCAGUUAAACCCUGUAUAGUAUACGAUCCUGGUGACAGUUACAAACACAUUAAGGUCAUAUAUAUAUAUAUAUAAGACGUAAUUGCUCCUUUUUUUUUUCUUCAGGGGUAGUGAUGGUUUCCUGCUUUUACGUCUAUAUAAUUAUACAUCGACUGUAAUACAUACUUGCUACUUCGUUUUUGACCACUGCAGUCCAUAGCUGUAUACAUAACUUAAAAGAGUCGGUUUCAUAAUGUUUGACUUGUACAUACAAUUAUUAUUAAUUAUCAAAUACGUUUACUGAAGUUUGUAUAGAUUUUUCUAAGAUAGAUUAAAGAGAAUGUAUGCCAGUUUUAUCGGAAAAAAAAAAUAACGAAAAUAGUAAAGAUAUACGUCUUUUGUUUUAUAAAAUGUUGUAUUUUAUAGGUUAUGUACAAACAGUGAAAAUAUAAUAAUUAUUGCGAAAAAAUUAUAGCAUAAUAUGUAUUAUCCAUUGGACAACUUCUAUAAAAUAUACUAAAUUAAUCAAGUUAAUCAGGCAUACAACUAUAUAUAAUUGUAUACGACAUUUUCUAAAUGAAUAUUUAUAAUAUACUUACUUGUUAAGUGUGUAUAAAUAAAGAUACAAAUACAACAAUACUGUAUAUUAGCUAGGUGCCCAGUAUGUAUACGUAAUAAGUGGGUGGGAUCGUCAUCGCGGCAUAAACGAGCGUUUAAUGGAAUACAAAUGGUAUUUAUUUUCUCGACUUCUUGAAAGUAACAGCGGGUGCUAUAUUGUUGAUAGUGAUCUGAAUUCUUUAUUACACGAUAGGUCCGUAAAAAUAUGUAUGUACAAAAAAAAAAUUGCAAGUAAAUCGAAUCCUUAUUUACUUACCGUAUUAUGUAUUAUUAAUCGUAACUCGUAAGCCCACUCUAUAAUAAUAACUAGAAACGUAGAUCUUUGUCCGGAGAGAAAUUAUGAAUGGAUUUUUUUUUAUAACGACCAUUGUAUCAUGCAUAUAAGCGCGGUCAACGAAGUCAACGUGAUUAUAAUCACCGCCGACGGCGGCCAAUAACAGUAUAGGGGGAUUUAUGACGUCUACGGGCAUAAUAUAUUGCGAAAAAAAAACAACGGGUAAUUAUGGUAAAAGAUAAAUACAAUUAGCUCUAUUACCUCCUGAUGAUAUAGCCGUACUGGUAUUUCUGGUAUAAGAGUAUAGAAUAUUUCACAAUAUUACUGCAAAAUAAUUAUAUAUUUUUCAAAUUUAAUCAAAUUACUUACUUAUUCAAGUUUUUCCGCAUUUGAACUCUUUUCAAGAAUAAACAGGUUUUGUUAAGCGUGUUUGAAUUUUUUAACAAAAGACAAAUUGUUUGUUCUAAGCCGUCUUGGUUCGUGAAUUGUGAAUAACGUAUUGACAAUUUUUAAGUGCACUUUUAUUGAAUUAACUUAAUUAUGAUACAUAUAGAUUGGUAUUAUGGACGUGUUAAGUUUGGGUUAGGUUUUCAACGAAGUUAUUUACAAGGCGUAAAUCCACUUUGGUUAUUAUAACUUUAUUUAUAAUAUCACUUGGUUUUGUCAUAAUGUGGAUUUCAUAAUGAAAUUGAUUACUGUCGCUACAAUAUUAUCUACCACGAAUAACUUUAUUCGCCAGGUUGUUAUCUGGAAGAAAAUUGUACAAAGAAAAAUACGUUGUUCAGAAGUUUAAUCGCUAAAUACGUUUGGCCGACAAUAAUAUCUUAAGAACUCUACCGAUCGAAAAACCGGGGCUGUGUAUGGAAUACUUAUCAUUUUAUUUGAAUUAUUGAAACAGAAAUAUAUGAUUACGAAUUAUGUAUCAUCGUCUCAUACGGCUGCGGCUAAAAAUGUAUGAAAAUAACGCCUGAACGUUUUGUGUUGGUGUAUAGGGAUAAAAUGUUUAAAACGAAAAAAAUAAAUAAAUAAAUGGGCAGUAAAGCAUGCGUGUAUUUGUUUUUACGCGAUAAAAUAUCGUUUAGGCGUGUAUGCGUGUCGUAACACGAUAAUUAUUAUAAUGAUGGCUAAUGUUGGAAAAUGUAAAAAUGAUUUUAGCGUGAAGACGACGCCCAAAGACGGGGGCGUGGGCAAAAGCAACCCUAGCAAGCGGCACCGGGAACGUUUAAACGCCGAGCUGGACACGCUGGCCAACCUGUUGCCGUUCGAACACAACAUACUGUCCAAAUUGGACCGGCUGUCCAUAUUGCGGUUGUCCGUCAGCUACCUCCGUACCAAGAGCUAUUUCCAAGGUAAGGACAUGACGGUGACAUAACAUAAUGUUAUAAUUGCACUGCAGCGUCGCGUGUAUAGCAUCUGUAACGGCGUUUCUCAACCGUUUUAAUGUUAUCGCCAACCCGAGGAACGAAAUAUUUUUCAACGCACGCCUCUCCCCCCCCCCACCCAUGUGAAAACCCCAUAACCCCGGGAGUUGGAACCGAGGUGCUGUCGAAUAAUGAAAUUAAAAAAAAAAAAAAAUUAAUUAAACUCCCAAAAACUACACUUUAAAAGCGUCCGUUUUGCUUUUGUGACUUUUCUGCGGGAGAGCCGAGAGACGAAAAUCGAAACCCGAUUCGCGCCCGUGUCACAUCGGCGGUUUUCGACCUUUUACGGAUCGCGACCGCCAAAUAUGUUUUCGUUUUCUUUUGUAAGACCACCCCUUCGGAAGUUCGAAAAUCGGUUAACAGAUCGGUUGAAAGCCACCGCCUCAUAAUCCGACGUCCGUGUCGUGUGCGUUAAUUUCCGCCGCGUCCGGGUUUGAUGGCGGUCGCUGAACACUGUCAAUAACGCAAUGUCGUUGUGCGCGCGUAUUGUUUUCGUUUUCCGCCGACUCUGCCGCGUACCCGCGCGGCACGUGGCGUACGCGUCUUCGGCAGUCGUCGCGGGUGUAAUAUUGCCGCGGCGGCGGCGGCGGCGGCGGCUGUUCGGCUGCGUGUCUGACGGACGUCGUAGGCCGCGCGCGUGACGUGACCGAAACACUUUACACGUGACCGAAACACUUUACACGCGACGUUCCAGUUUUCGAAAACUAGACGGGACCGCGCGUGACCUUGACCAUGGUCAACGACAGAAUCCGUCCCGUAUAACAUUAUAAAAGCGCGCGCGUACUAUAAUAUUACAUUAUAUAUCGGCGAAAAUGUUUUACGGAAACGUUCGCGGCGCGCCCGGCGGUGUUAACGACACCGAUGGGUUUUUACGGUUUUAUGCCGCGAGAGACGGUACGAACCGGGCGAUACGAAAACACGGUGCGAUCGUUUAUCGUGUUGGCCUGUCGGCACACAAUCGACGCGACCGGGAUCGCGGUUCUAAUGAGACCGAUUUACACCUGUGCAUUGCGCUACUAACCCGGCUUUCCGGCAUUCGCCGCCGGAGCCGUGCGCGAUCAUCGCUGCGGAUGAUGCGCGACGACACCGCCGUGUCCGUUAAUUACCGUCAAUGUCAUUUGCGCGCGACACAACCGAUUCGAUUUACGUGAAUCGAGUCCCACGUCCGUCGAUUCGCCAGUGGAAAACGAAUGGUCGGCGACGGACUCGCGUUUCGAUGGCAGUUGCGAUGCGUGUUUAACGAUAUAGCAACACCACAAAAACAAUUCAACAGACCGAUUUCAGUGGCGGUUCUAGCUGCCCGUAUCGAUAGUUUUGAAGUUAGGUUUCUACGAAAUUAUUAUGAUAUGUGUUGUCACGCGGAGUGUGUAUUCGAAUCGCAUCGUAUGCGAGUGAUACGGGUGCUUGACGCGGGCCCGUAGCUAAAUAAAUUCUUCGGGGGGGGAUUAGAAAAAUAACCGUUCUAUAAAAAUUAUCGUACGAUCACCGCCAUAACCAACCCACAUUCAAAUUAUCAUUUAUAUCGGUGUACUAUUUUUUUUUUUCCCGAUAUAACGACUAAUUCGAAAAUUGCCGGCUUCCGAGGAACGCACUAGGGCAGCAAAAGACGGUCCGGGAGGGGAGGGGGGGCAAUGCAUUUGUUAUAUAAUUACAUUUGUAACAAUUGUCAUGAACACAUAUUUCUACAGAGAAAUCCUAUCGGCGCGAUGAGAAAUAGUACAAAUCCGUCGCAUCGCCUCCUCAGCAAGAUUAUUGUACUUACUGCUUAUUAGCGAUAUUGUUCCGUAAUCGUCAUUGUGUAGAAAUUUUCGAAUUAAAAAAAAAGUAUUAACGACCGCUACCGCUCGUCGACGCCGUCACUGCAGACGAACAAAAAUUACAGAAACGGUUUGGAUUUAGUCAGGUCAGGUUAUAGGCUCGGCUCAGCCUCGUUUAGAAAUAAUUUGUUAUAUCGCACUUGUUCAGUAUGAUUCAAUGUACAAUAAUGUUCAUUCACACGCUGGACGGUCUGCACCCGACUACGCCUAGCAGCAGUUUGUUCACGGUGUUAUUUGCUGGUGCUGCCGGCACGCCAUAAAUAAUAUCAUAAAAUACCCUCUCGUCGAACACAGAUAAACUAUUUAAUGGGAUCAAUUUAACGCGGUCUUUUUGCUCGAAAUGUUUAUAAUUUUUACGAGCUCGGUGUACUGCAUGUUAAAUGUGCACAUAAAAUAAUAUCAUUCUCUCACGUUUACGCGUAUAUUAAUUAAACAAUUAAGCAAAACUAUGUUACGUUAUUUUUCCCAUUGUGCGGUGUACAUCUGCACAUCGUUACAGUAUUAUAAUAUGCUCGCAUGCGACCUUACACACCGCGGCGUUUAUAUUACCUACGCUUUCAUAUAGGUAUAAUAAUAAUAUCGUUAAUUAUCUUAUAAUCAGGUGUUAAUUAUCAUAUUAUCGUAAUAUUAAAAUGUAUACAUAUAUAUUUUUAUUAUUAUUAUUUCUUUACGGUACGUGGUUUUUUUUUUUUUACCCGGCGUCUUGCUGUACGGUACAAAUGGUAAAAUACGUGCGCGAGAAAAUUAACGAAAAAAAAAUUAUAAUAAUAAUAAUAUAUCUAUAAAAAAAAUAAAAUAAUGAAAACCGGGUUCAAAGAUAACAAAAAAAUUGCAGAGCAUAGUCGAAUAUAAUACGCUCUUAUAUCACACCUCUUUAAUUGUUCGCGCGGGUAUAAUUUUAUACAGAUGAGACUCGUUUGUUCUGCUCGUAAUUUUUUAUACGAUUUAUAGCUUUUUACGGGUAUAUAUUUAACUAUGAAUAAUACAAUAACAUUUUAGUAUGUUAUGGCCCACGGAUGUGUGAUGUAUAAAUGUUAUAUUAUUUACGUUUUAAACUGUGAAAAAAGGAUGUGCGCGUGUUUCAUAAAUAUUCAUCUUCAUACAUUUAUAAACAUCAUAUUACAUAUUACAUAAGCUAAAUUUACAUCGUGAAUACUGCUGUGGAUUUCAAAUGUAAUGAAAUUAUGAGGACCGUAGUAAGUUUUUAACGUAACACUGUUAACAAGACGGACGGACGUGUGAGCGAGGGAAACAUUGUGUUUGUUCAGGGCCAUUCAUCAUUUUACUGACAACUAUCCAGUGUCAAUGCGCAAAGAAUACAGCAACUGUUGAUUUUGCAAACGUAUAUCUGGGUGUUGUAUGAAGCGAAACGAAUGCGAUUUGUUGAAACCAGAAAUUCCAGUGUGGUUGAGCUAUAAUAUAGUGGAAACGGACUCCCGUCAAUAGUUUGCUAUAAAUUAGACAAUAAAACUUGUGACGAAUAAUUGAAUUGUGUUUGCAACACACUUUUAAUCCAUUUUACGAAAUAAUUAUACAGCUAUAUACGUAGGUACCCAUAUAAAAUAAUUCAGAAAAUUACUAAUGUUUUGCCCAGUAUAAGAUGGUAUCCCAUCGUAUAAACGAGUUAAGCGCAUUUAAUGGUGCAUUAAAAACUACACCGUGCGUGCAUUAUAGCACUUAAAAUAUAAAAGAAGCUUCUAUAAUAUGUGACUUCCUUAUCGAGUUAUAUCCUAUUAUUCAAAUCAAAAGUAAUGUACAUGGUAUGACACGGUAUUAUGGUUAGGAUUUAAUAGAAAAAACCAAAACAAUUUUAAAAAAUGUAAUUGUAGAGAUUUUAUCGAACAAAUUUUGCUUAAUUUGAACAAAAUAUAUAAAUCAUAUUAUAAGACAUGAGUCGGCAAUUAGUUCCUGAGGGGGUCCGGAUAAUUAAAAAAAAAAAAUUUCGAGGGCCAUGUAUUUUUGGAGAAAAAAAAAAAGUUCCAUCUCUAUACCUAUUCAGUGUUCCGUAUUAUUUAACACCUCCAGAAAAAUUAUUAUACAUUUAUAAGUUAAUAAAUUUAUUUAUUUUUGUAUAAAAACCACAAUUAUUAUUAUAUUAUUUAAUAAUUUUAUACACAAUUGUAUAACAACACACCAAAUAUGCCAAAUACAUCAUAAAUAUAUAGACGACAUUCGGACGCUUGGAUAUUCUGGAUCUAUACACAGAGACAAAUAAUGAAAACAAAAAAACCAACGUUAAAGUAAAACAAUUUUGGCUUUCCGUUUAUUGCCUUUCUACGGCCCGCCUAUUGCCUACCCUUGUUAUAAGAGGACGUAAUCCCAUAUUUACUUUUUCAUUUCGAUUAAAGAGCAAAUAACUUGGAAUUCAAAUUGUAGCGUUAAGGUUGAAAUAAAAAUUAAAACACUUGGAACAAUAUUUAACAGGAGAAAAAUUUCGAGAGUAUUAACACGUGCCUUUUUUUUUUCUCUAAAAUAUUAUGAAACAAAAGAAUCAUAGCCAUAUUGAUUAUUGAUUUUUUGAAAAUAGCUUACAAUAUUUUGGUUUAGUAUUUUGCCAAUAUUUUAGAAAAAAAAAAGUAAUAUAAUGCUAUUAUUAGUAUCGUGUUCUUCCAUUGUAGCUAGUUAAGGUAACCUAAAAAUCAACAAAGAUAAAACCAACGUGUCUUCAUUUGUUCGAAACUUUACAAAAUCUGUUGGAUUUUGAAAAAAGUUUCAAAUAAAGUAUCCCCAAACAAAAAAUCCGCAUAUUUUAAGGUAUAACGACAUAAACAAAUAGCGGUGCAUUCUUGUGCACAAUCUAAUAAUAAAUAGCUAAAUAAUUAAAAUAUAGUAAAUCACUGAACCGCAAACUAUUUACUUUUUUUUUUUUUUGUCAAACAAUAUUUUACAUUGCUGCCUGUGACUAAAUUUUUUAUGUAUACAAUAUAAUACCAUGGACUGUUCGUGACAUCAAUCAUUAUAAUUUACCCGUCUAAAUAUUAUACAAUAUUAUUUAUCGACAAAAACGUUAAGGGGUGCACGUUGUAACCUAGCUGUUAGAAGUGUAAGUAUGCAAUAAUAUUAUAAUUAAGGUUAUGAAUUUAAUACACUAAAAAAGCAUUUUACUCCCCAAAAUAGCACUUACAAUUUUAAAAAACUCCCAUGAGCAGUUUAUGUAUAUUGCAUUAGUGUAAAGGCUUUGGGGACAACUUAUAUAUUAUACAUUUUAUUUUGCGAGUUUUUUUGCGUAAUUUUUAUUUGAAAAAUAGUAUUGUUAAACUAAACAGAAAUACUUGAAAAUUUGCAUUAUUCAUUAUAGGUUGUACUCAGUAGUUCAAAAAAAAAAAAUGAGUGUAAGAGUGUAAAGUAGCAUAUUUAUUUUUAUAUAAGAGUUUAAAACCGUAAAUAUUACGGCCUUUUAAUACAUGUAUAACCAAACUUCGUUUCGAAUCGUUUUUCGUUAGUAAAGGUUCAUCGUCGUUUCUGUGGACAACUUUUCUACCAGCGAUUUAGAUCCGAUUUACAAUAAUAGCACUUUUUCUAAAAGGAACUCUGACUGGGGAGGUACUUUAGGGAGGUAAUUUUUUUAAUUUCCCAGUGAAUGGGAGAAACCGGUGGAAAAACAAGGAAAUAGGUAUAAUGUUAAACGAGCUAUCAACCGAACUCCGUUCAGAAUCGUAUUUCCGUUGGCAAUGGUUUGUCGUUGCGUACAUCUGUACAUUAAAUUCUCGUCAAUAUCCUACCUACCCAACUUCCCACCUACACAACAGUGGCCGCACCCGUCCCCGUCAUUCUAGGACAACGUUUCCAAGUGUCGAAUUCGCAGGCCCGACAUUACGAGCGCACAACAUUGCGCCAAACGCGCACGCUAUAUAAUUUUCUCGAAUUUUUUUUUUUUUUUCUCGAUGUCCCGUCCGGUAGCCGUCGUCGUCGUUAUAAUGUCGCACGCGCGCAAUGACACCGCGCCACAUAGGUACACGCCGUCGCGCAAUGUAUUCCGCGGGCAUUUAGUGCGGGAAAUCAUGUCUGCAUACGUAUUUAUAAACGGCAGCAGCAGCAGCAGCAUCAGCAAAGCACGUUAUAACAAUGCGGAGUACGGGUCCGCGCACACGCGCGCAUACCGUACGUAUAUUUGCACGUGUACCUGCACACACACACACACACGUACACGCACACGCACACGCGCGCGUACCGUUUGGUGUCUGUGAUCUGUAACGUGUGUACGGGUAGUAAUACGUGUACGGAGGAACGCGGCGGACCGGCGACGAGGAGAAAAGCGCGCGCGCGUGUGUGUGUCGCCGUGUUUUAUUAUGCGUGGGAAGAUUUAGAUUAGAGAACCGCGCGCGCGCGCGCACGUAAUUUAUAAAUACGUACGCAGAGGUACGUAUCUCGAGCGUAAGUUCAAGCGCACGGGAAAACGGGGCGCGACCGGGGCGCGGGUUGCAGAUGCAAAAAUUAAAUCCGAUAACGGGGCGAACGUUAAACAACCAUAAAUACGCCGGACGAUUUAUUACGCGCAUAAUAAUACGCCGCUGGGAGAGGGCGACCCCCCCCCCGCCGCCGUCGGUCGUUCGCUACCGUGUGCGCGCCGAUUGAAGAUAUUGCGUUUUUUUUUUUUAUUUAUUAUUAUUAUUUUUCUUUUCUUUUUUUUUUUCCCAUUCUCAUUUAUAAAUUAUUAUUAUUAUUAUUAUUAUUAUUAUAUAGGUGUAUAAUAUAAUAUAUUCUCGCGCUCAUUCGCCUCCUCCGCGCGCCCCGCCGUCUUGUUAGUAUUAUUAUUAUUUAUUUUUUUUUUUAUUUCUGUCCGUGUUUUUUUUUUUUUCCUCUCCAAACGAACCGAGAACAGCCCCAGAUGUCGGACACCGAUACCCCCGAGCCACGAAGCCAGUUUUCGCAUCCCGUACGCGGGUACUCUACAGGUAUAGUGUGUGUGUGUGUGUAUACUAUAUACGUAUAUAUAUAUUCACACACAUACGCACACAUAUACGUAUAUACGUAUAUAUAUAUAUAUAUAUAUAUGUAUAUUCACACACACAUGUACGUAUUAUACGCGCGCGAUAAACACGCCUUAAAUCAAUUACGGCAAACACUUGCUGCAAAGGUGUUGCCCGGUAAUUACUGUAUCUGCCGAGUUCAUCUCGCCAACGCGGAGGGCGGGUGAUGUGCGCCGCGGAGGGGCGGUAAAGAAAGCACACACGCCGUUCUUGCGCACCGGCAGCAUCGGCGACGGCGGCGGCGGCAACAGCAGCAGCAGAAGUGUACACCUGAAACGUUGGGAGCCACGUAUAUUAUAUUAUGUACGAGGUGUAUAAAAAAAAAAGAGAGAGAGAGAGAGAGAUGAGAGAUAGAUGGAAAUAAAAAAACAACGUCUUUGCAGCAAUCCGCGAUAGUCUGAACAGAUAAUGCUCUGAAACUGUUGUUUACGAACACAGAGUGUGAAAAAAAUGCAACACACACACACACACACACACACACAGUGACAACAUUACCGGUUACCCGGAUAGCGUUUAAAUAAUUAUUAUUCGUUUAUUGGUUAAAAAUGUGUCUUGUUACCGCGCGUCCGAGGGAUCCGGCGGUGCGUAAUAUAACACAUACCUCGUGGAUGCGCGAGACGAUAAAAUUCAGUAGACCUCGGAUUGCGUUUUGUUUUAUAAAAAAAAAAAAUAAUAAAAUAUAAAAUAUAUACGCGUUUAUUGUAAUACGCCGCGCGUGUUCGCGUACAUACGAGCGAAAAACGGUUUCGAAGACAAAAGGAACGCGCGCGCGUUAUUGACUGUUCAAAAAAAAAUUGCGAUUAUUAAUCGUAUUAUAUAAUAGCAUACACGACGAUAAAACAAUGCGAUACAGGGACGGCAAUGUGAAUUUCCCUUCGUAAUUAGACGUGUAGGUAGGUACGCUGCCCGGGCAUUGUUUAUAAUUACGCAAUGCCAAAUGGUUUGCCGUGAAAUUUAUUACAACGUCCGAAUGAUUACAGCGAUCGGUACCGUACACGAAUAAAACGCCAAGUUCAACAUUAAUAACAAUGAUAUGUUAUUAAAGGUGCUUUUAUUAAUGUACACGCCGUAAACGCAAUAUAGUUACGGAUUUUCAUUAAUAAUUUCCUCGUAUGUCUGUACAAUUCGUAUACACGGAAAAAUAAUUUUCGCACGCAAUUAUAAUUUAGUAUUUGAAAAUUCACGAAAAUACAACCGUACACUUAUUUUAACUACGGCGAUAUGACGUAUUCUCGGUUUGUUGUCCUGCGUUAGGUAGACAAAAAAAAAAAAACAAACCACUCAUUUAUCGUUGAAAUAAUAAUAUAUUAUGUUAUCUUGAUGGACAACGGUAAAAAUGCAAAAAUAAAGGAGCCAAGAGUUUUCGCUUUUGUUCAACGAUUAAAUUUCAUCGUUGUAUUCCCGGCGUAAAUAAAUCGCAUUUAAAACCGCGUAUGCGUUUUAAUUGCCACCCGAUGCUGCAGCGUUCGCGAGAUAAUAUUCGAAACCGUUAACGGCCAUCGAAGGCGGUCGAUACAUUAACGAUAUGAUGUAUUUUAUUGAUUGGGAGUUGGGGGUCGGAAGGUGAAAUAAUAUAUUUUAUGUGAUUUGUCGUUUCUCGAAUAAUAAUAUGAUAUACGCGUAACCAAUAAUUGUUGUUAUAAUUUUAGCGAACCUAUAACGAAUAGAUAAUGUAGAGAAAUGCGUAGAGUAAUCGGUUAACAAAUGGAUUGACAUAUAGAUUUCAAUUGAAGAAACCCCGCGGGUACGUUCUCCCAAAAACUGUUCAUAAUUAUAUGAAUUCAACGCAAUAAAAAAAAAAAAAAAAAACGCUUUAUAAUAAUAUCGUGUAGACGCGUGUAGGAGAAGUAAACAACGUAUAAAACUACGAAAGUUUUUUAGAAUUUCAAAUCAGGAACGUCUAGUAGAAAAAAAUACGGUCGAUUUUAAAUACAGGUAUACGCGUCUCAUAUAAGUAUAGUGGUAAUAAAAAAAAAAAAAAAAAUUCCAACGUUAAUCGACUAUAGGCGCACUAUAUAGUGUAUAUUCCCUAGAAAUAGUGUACGGAAUAGCUAACGAACUUCGGUAAAAUAUCGAAACUUCGUGAAACCUCUUGUAUACCUAUACACCGUAACGCAUAAAUAUCUAACGUUAUGUGUUCCGAAAUUUGAAUUGUCUACAAAGUUGUUACUUCGCCCCGAAGUUACUUUGUUAACGUGCGGCCUGUUAUACGUUUUUUAUAUGUAUAUAUUGAAAAAAAAAACUUUCAUCAUAAAGCGAUAACACGCGGAAUGCCGCCGUAACAUUAAUUCCGAAAACUCGUACGCGAUAAUAAUAAUGUUACUGACGCGAAAAAAACGCGUUGUGUGUGAUAUCAUACGUACGUGUGUGUAUAUAUAUAUGUAUACGCGUAUCGCAUAACGUUGUGCAUAUUGUACAUUUGAUGAGUAUUACGACUUAAACGGGCCCCGUUUAAAUUGGAAACGGUCGACCGUUGCUGUGGCGGCGCGCAUCAAAGGGAAUGCGGAACGCGGAAUGAGCCUCGCGAUCUGCAACACGAGUCAAUAUAAAAUUCGACCGCCGUAAAUAAGGGAGACUGCGCAACGAUGAAAGUACACUAAUUGUUAUCGUGCGCGUACGGCGGGUGUUUUUUUUAUAUAUAUAUUCAUACAUACAUAUACGAGCAAUAAAAAAAAGAAGAAAAAAUAAUAACAAUAAUAAUACGGCGUAACGACCGCGUCUCGCGCCGCUUUUAUACCGGAGUAUUAUCGUUGUUGCGCGCGUACGUUUUUAUUAAUCGCGACCGUCGCCGCGGUGUUCGGAAAACCGUUUUUACGACCAUAAUUCAACGCACGAAACUCCACGGACGCGCGUAAAACGCUUACAAACGGUUGUAAUCUAUGUUGCGCGGGUACCUAGUGGCGAAAAAAAUAAUAUUUUUAUUGGAUCGAAAACCGUACGCUAUAUGAGUUAAUAAUGUACACACGUGUCACGGCGUCGUGCAUACCUACGACAAGGAUUAACGUUAUCACUUUGUGUGCGACGAAAUGCGCACGCAUUUUAUCGGACCGUUCUGAAAAACAACCGGUUGCGAUCAAAGGCCAUUGCCGUAAACAUAAUAGGUACACCGAAACUCGCGUACCAGACGUGUGUGACGCGAAAACAUCUAGACGUCAAUAAUAAUACGUAUAUUAUUGUUUCGAUAUUUUUGCAGAAUUAUCAUUACGUACGUAUACGACGUCCCGUUUGUUAUAAACAGCAAUCGAUUCGAGUGUGUUGGUUUCAAUCCGUUCUUGAAUAGUUCGAACGCGCGGGUUCUUCGUCCAAAAUAAUUUAUUACGUUUCAAUCGGACUUUCGAGUCAUUACGAAUGGAACGAAGCGUUCGAAAAAAAAAAAAAAUAAAAAAAUAAUACGUUUACAUAUUUAUAUACAUAACGUAUGUCCUGAUCGUAAUAUUUGUUACAACGGUAUUUCCAGUUUUCGCUGCGAGUUUAUUUUGACGUUUUUCACCGUGCGCACAUCAAAAUCGUAACUCGCGAUCAGGACUGCCCGAAGUCACCCAUAGAAUAUCCAGACGGCAGUAAGAUGCAAAGUAUUUUUUUUUUUUUUUUUUUUUUGUAUUUACUUUGAACCGUCAAUGUCGUUUUCCGGCCGCUCGUCAGUCACGGGGGGGGGGGUCCCUUUGUUGAAACGCGUUAAACUUUCCGCGGUCGUACGUCCGCUAUACGUUGAAUUUCUCAACACGGUCUCGGUACUCCAAGCCAUAAAUUCGACAUUUCGAUUCGUUCGCCGCGUACGCUGAUGCGAUCCACGAUCUGUUUGUGAAAUUGCCCCGCGGUACUAAUGCGGGCCGCGAGUCGCUCGAGACUACGGACACUGAUGGCCGUCGUCUACGACGGCCCCUCGCCGAAAAACACCGUUAGGACGACUCCGGGACGCGAGUAACUCACAGUAUUAACGGCGAUUUCAUCUCAGGACGCGCUCGCGAUCAUUGUGUACCGAAUGUAUUUCGCUCGACGGGUACCGGACGUUAUUACCGUCGAAUUAGAUUUUCAGAAAGAGAGUGUGUGACCGCCGUUACAAACGACAAACGACAUUGUCAUUGUCGGACGGAGCAAAUAUAUUCGAUAACAAUAUACCGUAUGCGGGCGGGUGCCCGAUAUAUUACAAUAUAACCGUCCAACUGGCGGUUUCGGAAUUUACGGCCAUUAUCAUAGCUAUGCGUACACGUGUAUGUGUGCACUUACAAUAAUAAAAACAAUUUAACUUCGUUGACGAAUUAAUUAUGUUUCUCUGAAAAUUAAAAUAAUCGACAGCGCAGUGACGCGUCGGUGCAGUUUUCCCCCCGCGUGCGUCCAACGUCAUCGGUAACUCGUACAAAUGCUGUUGUCCGCCCGGUCGCCCGCGCGCGGCACGAUCAGUGCGGCCGCGUACGCACGCGCGUAAUUCGCACGGGAAAACCGAUCGAAUCGCGGGUCUCUGCCGCCGCUGCCACUGUACAACCGCCGCACUUAUCGCGUAUUGUUUCGCAUCGUAACCGUUUGUAAAAUGACUCAAUUUGUGAAAUACUUAAGAUUUUCGCGGUAACGACCGCGAGAGUUGUUGUUAUUAUUAUUAUUAUAUAUUGGUCAUUGAAAUCGUCUAGUCACGAAAGCCUCUUGUUACACGCUCGCAAAGGCCAAAGGGUAUACCUGUAUAAUAUAUGUAUGUAUAUAUAUAUAUAUAUAUAUUUAUUGUAUACCGUAUUACUGUGUAUAUUACUAUCGGGUAUAUAGUGUAAAUUUAGCGUGCGGAUACAAAAUGACGUGUUUCCCCGUCGUCACGUCGUCGGCGUGAAAUAUAAUAAUAAUAAUAAUAAUAAUAAAACAACGAAACACUUUUGCGGCGUUCAUCCCGCGUAAACACAAAACAAUACACGAUUCCUUUAACCAUUAUUUUCCGAGAAAAAAAACAAAAGUACGCGUAAUACGCUUCCGCUUGAUUUGUCGCCCGUGAAAUUUCGCCUUUUUUUUUUUUCUGUCUCUAUCUUGUGAACAUUACCAGGACCUUUGUACCGAAUAAUAUUGGCCGUUCGUUCGUAUGCUAUUAUAUUAUAAUAACGCGCGUUUCCGUUCCGGCUAUAUAUCUACCGGGUGUAUAGUAUAAAACGCCGUCGUCGCCGUCGCGGUCGGUUGAAUUAUAGGUUCCGUACCGGCGGCGGCGUGGCGUCCCACCCAUUAUCCAGAUUACGAAAUCGGCGGCGGCGGGUCUCGGCGACUACCGCGCUAAAGGUACACGGGGACGGGCGCGGGUAUAAAAUCAUUAUGCGCGGCGUGUGGUAUUAUGCGUACACGUGAAAUAAGGCGGGGAGAGGGAAAAAGGAGAACGAUGAUAACGUAGCGGGGCGAACGAAUGCGCGGCGGCCGCGGAUAGAGGAGUGAACGAAAACGGGGCGCCGUCGCCGUAAAUUUAAUUUCCAUAAACCCGCAUAAUAUAUUUUAUACGUGCCCGGGUACGCAUACGAACCGGGUGGGUAUACGCGAAACCCUUGUAUAAUAGGUGCAUAUAAUAAUAUUACAAUAUCGUACCUACGCGAUAUUAUUCCCUCGGCCGACGCAAAACAUUACGUACAUAAUAUAAUGCGUAUAAUGUGUAUAUAUAUAUAUAUAUAUAUGUAUAUAUAAAUGCACCCCCGAAGUAAUGUACGCGGUUCGUUAUUAUUAUUAUGCGCGUACGUAUAUAUCUGUGUAAUAUAUAUUAUAUACGUAUAUAAUAUACAGUAGCCCCGACGGAGGGGGCUUUGACGAUUUUCCGGUAUACCGUCGCGGGGUCGCCCGUGACAUUAUAUUGUAUUAUAUAUCGUGUGUAUAUAUAUAUACGGGGAAAACCGUUCCGGGAGCUGCGGGGACGAGAGGGAGGGAGUCGACGUCGGGCGCGAGCGCGCGCGCGCGCACCGCACCGCACCAAUGGGGCGUCGCCGGGCGGCACAAAGGGAUCGCGUGCCGUUCGCGGUCUCGCCCGUAUAACAAUUUAUAUACAUUAUAUUAUGUGUAUGUAUAUAUAUAUAUACACACACACACACACACACACACAUAUAUAUAUAUAUAUAUAUAUAUAUAUAUAUAUAUAGGGUACGACUUGUGCGCGGUGCAAUAUAUAAUAUAGGUACUUGCUAUAUAUAUAUAUAUAUACACGUGUAUACCUAACCGACGACGAAUGUUCCGGCCGCGGAGCGCGGGGGAUGGGGCGCUAGAAAGUCGUAUUGAUCAUUGGAAGCAUUGUGCGUGCAUAUAUAUAUAUAUAUAUACACACGCGUAUACCUGUGCGGUGUAUGUAUACGCGCGGUUCCUGGCCGUGCCGUUCCCCGCCGCUUUUGAGGUCAGACUGGCUCACGCCGCCCCGUCGGGUCCCAUUCCUCGCCCAUUUUCCCGUCCCCGUCCAACCCUUACACCUGCCACCACCCGCCGCUCUAUAGCCGCGCCCGGGACAAACGCUCCACGAUUGAUUUUCCGAAUGCCGUACGCGCGUAACACAUUUACACGGUCUCGCGGUCUCGUGCAUGCACACGCGAGUUUUACACCCGAUAAAUUAACAUAUAGGUUAGGUUAAAUGCUGCGCGUUAAAAAGGCAAACACCCGCAAGAUGUGUACACUUUUAUCGGGUUGUGUAAUUAUUGCGCCCGGAGAGGUCGACGUCCGCGGCGGCGGCGGUUUUUUCGCGCCGGGCCACUCGAUUGCAUAACGCAAUUGUCGUUGUCCGCGCAUUAUGCAUUUGAUGAACAUCGGAUGUAAACGGCGGCGGGUCACGUGUCGAUAAAUAUUACGGUACAGCCGUGUGUUAUUUCGUUUCGCGGCAGGCAGACGGCGAUCACGAACGCCUGUACAAUAACAAUAUCACGGUGUGUAUGCGUGUAUACAAAACGGACGGGGCGAUAUGGCCAAAACGUGUUGGAAACACUCGAGAUUUUUAUGGGUCGUUACGAACACGAAAACGGUUCGCUUGUAUAAUUCGCGCCCCUGCGGUUUACGAUCGUCUCGCGGUCGUGGUCGUGGCCGUGUCGCGUCGUCUCGCCGGUUACGAUAACGGAAAAUUUGCCGCUCGAGAGGCCGCGUCACGGUAAAAGUGAAACGUCGCGUACAAAGUUCAAACGGAGCAUUUUUUUUUUUUUCUUUUGAACGGUGUUUUCGGUGUCCAAAUCGAUUUCGCUUACACCGAUCGCUAUAUAGAAAACAAAUAAUGAUCGUGCGACAAAACAUUAUAUUCUAUGUAGGAAAUACUUCCCUGCCGGUAGGGUGAUUCGGAAAAGUCCAAAAGUCAAACGGACGGUAAAGUAUACCUGCUCGUGGAGUUUUUUUUUAAUGCGAGAGGAGCGGUCACGCAGUGGAUAUUCACUAAAACAAAAUUUACCUUUGCUCAAGAUAGAUGACGGGCUUACGGAAAACCUACGAAAAGGCGUAUUAAACUAUUAGAGCGUCCUAUCUCCUUCUACUUUUGAACAUUAGCCCCGCAUCGAAGGUAUAAAAUCUUACUUAUACUUUCGUAAUUUUUUUUUUUUUUUUUGAAAAUUCCACAUUUCGGGUCGUCUCAUAAAUAUCAUAUUGUUCUCUAUAUAAAUGUAAUAAAUUCAGAGACAAAUAUACUUAAACGUGCUCGUAAGAGCUGGAGGGCACUCCUGAAAAGUAUAGGGAGAGCGUGGUUUACGUUUUUAUGGUAUAUGAUUGCAUUUGUUUAAAUUUAUGAUUUAUAAUAUAUCGGUUAUAACUGUUUAAUAUUUAAUUUCAAAUUUGUUAUACGGAUCUCGACAGUCGACAUAAUUUAUAUUAUACAUUAUAUUUAAUAUCUCAAGUAUUAUUAUUAUUUGUACUUUUGCUAACUUUACCAGUGAGGUCAAGCCCGGGUCAAGGAACCAGUAGGGCCGACUUUUAAGAACUUGAAAACGAAACCCUUUUAUAUAAAUCUUAUGUAAAUUUAUGUAUAAAAACAUUUUUAACGGACAUGUUUUAUGUACUCGUGUGUGAAAAAUGACUCCCCGUAAACGUGGCCCCCCCGUCUCACUCCUCUUUACCCGGACUUACGGGGUUGGUGCCAUCGUUCAAAAUAUAUAAACGGGUGAUCCGAUUUAUAAUAAUGUCUGCAUACCCUGCAGUAUACUUCGACUCAAUCCACCAACAGUCAUAAUUAGAGGCCGGCCGGAAAAUAAUAUUCUCUUAAAAUAUAGCAAAUAUAAUAUGCUAAUGUAUUCUAAAAAAAUUGAAAAUAUUCUUUAUAAAUCAUAAUGAAAUAUGCAAAAAAUAUCAUUUUAUAUUCUAAAAUAUCCUCUAAGAUUAAAAAUAAGUAUUUUUAUACGCGAAAAUAAUAAAAUUCAAAAUAAAAAACAAUCGUAUACAAAUAGUAUACGAGUCAUAAUUGGUCAUUAAUCACUUCACGACACUUCAGGAACAAAAUGUUUUUCGCGUGCGUUCCAUACGUGCAUGUUUUUUUACGGUCGAUUUUUUUUCCAACUUUGACGACGGCCUCUUAAACGCGCGUUUCGCUGUUCCCCGUGCGCCAGAAGACCGCGCGACGACAUAACGCGUUCCCAUCUAUCGACCGCGUGAGGAUUUAUAAUAUUGUUUAAUUGGUUUCGGUGCAUCCUCUCUCUUGUUAUCGGUGACCGAGAAUACACUUUUACCGCUGCACGUUUCGAAAAAAAAAAAAAAAAAAAUUGAAUUUACUUAUACUUAUUUAUUACGUAACCUGCACGUGCCAUCGCGUUGCAUCUGCCGAGUACGCUAAAGAAACGAAUUAGAUUAUAAAUUUCGACCGCGGUUGACCGAGCGACCGUACAUGCAUAAUAUCGUAUAAAUAUUAAUAUAUUGUUCGAAAACUCAAAACUUAAUCGUAUUAGACGUGGCGGUAUUUUUUUAAUUUUUUUUUUUUUUAUAAUUUUAUUAUCUUAAUUCUAAUUUUACCUAAAACAUCUUUUGUCUCCGACUCGAGUCGAAAAAAAAAAAAAAAAAAAAAAAUUACACAUACAGUAUAAUAUAUAAUACGUAUAGGUGUAUUUUAUUCCAAAACUACCGGUUUAUGGUUAAUCGCGGUCCGACAGAGCUGGUCCCGCAGUCUCGAGUCGCGGUGGUUACGGCCGUGUUGGGUUUCCGUUCCGCGUCGCAGAAAAACCAGUCUUAUUGGUUGGUGUAUAAUAUAAUAUAUAGGGUGCUUAGAUGAAAAAAAAAAAAAUAAUAUAAUAAUAUAUACGUAUUCGCCAAAACCAAAGAGAUAAUCCGUCACGGGUAACUCGAUCCGAUAUACUGCAGCGUUACCCAGACUGCCUUGUCACUACUAGCCGGUUGUCUUUUAAAACAAUUGGAACGACGGGUUCUCGUUUCAUCGCGCCCGGCCACUACUAUAUACGUGGUCUCCAAAUUGUUCACGUUACGUAGUCGAAUUCCGUUGAUUUCAAUUCGUUUCAAUUCUUAAUUUUCUUAACUUAUUUUUAGAAAAAAAAAAAAAAAAGACAACGUGUGAAUAAUUUUGUAAAUACAUUUUGGCGUUGACAUUUUUAAUUUCCGUCGACCCGUUGACGAGACGUUCCAUUUUAAAAUGUGGGUAUGGGUUAGAGUAAUACGGAACAUCAUUUGCGUGGUGACACUGAGCGCGGCAUUUGAACAAGUAUUCUACUACAGUUCUUCUAUGUAUUACUCAAAUUCAAAAGCGGAAUAUCUCGACAACGGGUUGACGAAAAUUAACGAUUUCGACAUCAAAAUGUAUUUGAACUAAAACGCCGUGUGUUUAAAGUGUUUUCAAUACAGGUUGCCGAUUGAAAAUCAAAAGUGAAUAGUGGUUUCUCAACUACAAAAAAAAAAAAACAAAUACAACGGGCGGAAAAAAUAAGAACAAUGUAACGUUUUUAGAAUAUAUUAUAUACAUAUGAUUCCAAAGAAUAUUUACAUUAUCAGUUAUUUUUCGUAAAAAAACAACAUUUCGUGGACAAUUUGACUGUUACGUGAAAUUUGCAAGACUCUGUGUAUAUAAAGUACUCUGCGCAGCUGUAUUCAGUACUGUUUUUUUUUUUUUUUUUAACGUAUAUGUAAUUAUUCCGCAUAAAAUAAUAAUAAUAAAAUAUGUUAUGUUAGUUAAUGAUGAAUGCGAUCUGGGAUUAUUGCCUGGCGGGUUUUGUAGGUCAAUGUAUAAAUGCGUGAGUAUGGGUGGCAGGUAAAAAUCUUAACGAUUUUUUUUUUUUUAUUAUUUUCAUCCAAUACUAUCCAAUUCAAUCGAGCGUACGAUAUUAUUAUUAUUAUUAUUAUUUAGCACCGCCAUGGCAUUGUUCGACUAUCCGGGUAUUAAGGAGUGUAAAAUAUAAUAUUAUAGUACUUAAGAAAAAUCGCAAUUGUGUAUAUUAUCACGCGUUACAUACAGAAAGCGUACGAGUACGAUCGAGUAAUGUGUUGAUAUCAGCGUAUACUACGUCGAAAAAUGACAUUUGGUCCUGUAACGUCCGCGUUUUUUUCACGAUAGUUCAUGAAAAUGAUUUCGACAACGGAUUCGAAUCGCGUCCCGGGUUCUUGAUAGCAGAUCCCAAUCUCGUCCCACGAUAAUAAUUACAAAUUAUACAAGGCGAACAACGUAACGUAAGACACACGUUAUCUCGGAAAGUAUUGCAACUUUUUUUAAAAAUUAGAUUUUUUGGACAUUUAAAAAAUUACAGUAGCUCUAAAAUGUUGAAUUACUCUUUUUCGUCACCCUUAUUUUAGGGAUGAAACCGCUGUCUACUUUUGAUAUUCAAACUGCAACCUAUAUAUUAUUAAAGAUUCCAUUAAUUAAACGGAAUAUUAGUUUAAAUGAAUUUUGGUGUCGACAUUUUUAAUUUCCGUCAACCAGUUGACGAGAUAUUCCAUUUUUUAGUUUCGGUGAAGAGAGAGUAUUAUACAGCAUAUAUAACGCCAUUCUCUCCCCGCCUAGUAUUUAUACUAAUAUACUCCGUCUAUUAAUGGAAUUUUUAAUAUUGGUUGCUAUUUGAAAAUCAAAAGUAGCUUUUACCCCUUACAAUAAGGGCAACAAAAAAAGAGUUGUAUAACAUUUUAGAAUUGUUAAUUUCUUAAAUGUUCCAAAAAGCAAAUUCCGAAAAAAGUUAAUACUUUCCGAAAUAAUAAGCGUUUUACGGUGCAUUUUCAUAAACUCACCUCAUUCGUGCACAAAAACAUACUCAAUCUGUGUAAUGUUGAUUUUAGUACACAACACAUUUUCAUUAAAAAUUUGCACUUAACACAUAUGUGCGCUUAACCAUCAAUAUGUACAAUUCAAAUGUUUAAAUCUUUGUCUGUAUGCCAAUUUUUGAAUGUAGGCCAGUCUGUCAUAGUCGUAAAGUUAGGCUUAGCAUGCAAGACUGACCCGGGCCAAGAGCGUGUCUCUGGAAAUGGCGCAAAAUCUAGAAUUUAUACACACAUAAUAGAAACAUAAAACAUUUUAACAAAAAUGAAUCGAGGUAGAGGCUAUACGAGAGCGGACAUUUUUGUGUAGCAAGAGGCGCUUAUAUAAGCCUUAUUGUUACGGUUCUGACGAUAUAGGUAAUAGCUCAGAUGAGCUGAUAUCGACAAGUCUGUGUAAUAUUACUGUUAUUGAGGACAAACCGCAGACGCGAAUCGGUAGUUACAAUGCAUUUCAUUUAUUUUUAAAAUAUUAACGCAAUUCGGGUGCUACCGUUAAAAUUAUUUCGGGGUCGCACUCGUUAUCGAACGAGUGCGGAUUUACACGCCUAAAUGUUUUCGAAAAACGUAAAAGUAUACGCUAAGAAACACGUGUCUAAUAACUGACCGGUUUUUUUUUUUUUUUUUGGCAAGUGACUUUUGAAAUGGACGAACUGGCUAUACGAAAACUAACUUUGGACUUUUUACAGAAAACAUUUUUGACGUGUUAAUAACGGUUUUUUUAAAAAAAUUAAAAAAAAAAAUUAAAUCAGUUUAUAUAGGUACCAACUGUUAUUGACUCCACUUGUGUACCUAUAUAUAUAUAUAUACUAUAUACUCUGUGUAUAUGAUUACGAGUAUGUUAAAAUUAGCAUAUCUCGUAUAAAGUUACACCAAGCAGGAAUAUGUGUAAUAAAAAUAAGAGAUACGAAAUAUCGUUUCGUAUCGUUUUACUGUCGACGCCGUAACACGCCAUAAUAUUUGAUACACAUUUUCAUUUUAUUUCUCAAAAACGGGGAAAAUAAUAUUAUGUACGCGCGCUCGCGCAAGUAUAUGUAUGUGUGUGUGUGUGUGUGUGUGUGUGUGUGUGUAUGUAUGUAUGUGUGUGUGUGUGCGUGUGUAUGAAACGCGCGCUUAUGGAAUUCGUUUUUGUGCGUAAUAAUUCUGAAAAACACGUCACGGUGGUACGAUCGUGCGGAAAACAAAAAAAACGGUUUUAUUUUAUUUUGUUUGCAUUUUUGUCCGCGUAUUGUAAUUUCAAUUGCGAUAAUACCUAUAAAAUAUAAUUAUUAUUAUUAUUAUUAUUAUUAUCAUAAUUGUUAUACUACUACUGUCGGGCGGCAGCGUCAGACGGCCAGCGCUACAGUGACGAUACCGCCGACGUGGUGUCGGCGCAGGCGGAGGCGAGCGCGCCGAGUGGUCAUCGGCGACGCGCCGGGUACCCGGUUACCGUGUACCGUAACGUUACGUACGGGGACGGGGACGCGACGCGCAUCCGGUGCACGCGCGGCCCGGCGCUCUCGCAAACGCCGUCCGCUCUUUUCGGCCGCGCGCGCCGGCCAACGUCCGGAACACCGGUGCGCGUUCAGCGAGACGAGACGGCGCGGAUACUUCUUUUGAACGUUUCGCCACAAUGCGAGAACGCCCUGCGGACGUAAUGGACCGGGACGGUGUCGGUAGCCGGCGGCGGCUCCGGUCCGGCGGCACAACGACGGGCCGCGCAUUGUUGCCGCGGCGUUGUCGCUGUUAUUGUUGUUAUUGUACCGUCACCGCGGACCCGGCACCUCGGCGCACGCCGACGUUUGAUAUUAUUAUUAUUAUUAUUACUAUUAUUGUUAUUAUUAUCAUUAUUAUAGCCCCCUACCCCCCUCCCCCGCCCAUCGAGCCCCGAAGUGUAUAUUAUGCGCGCGUACGCGGCCGCUGUUAUACGACCCGGGACGGACGUCGCGCGUUUAAACGGGCGCGGCGGUCAAAACGAUCUUUUGUCCGCGUGUUUUGACGUUUGCGUAUACGACACCGUGCGAUAAGUAUUGUUGUCGUUGUACGCGCGAGACCGGUGACAAUAAUAUUGACGCGACGCCGUCCCGCGGUUGACCGGCAGCGGCGGCGAUCCCCUCAUCCGCGAUCGGUUUUCGCGCGAUAGGCCCCGAUCGUCGACGCCGUCGCGGGAAACGAUACGAAUGUGCAUUGUCCAUUAUUAACGGCAAUGGUAAAAAUCGAUAAUCUACGCGCACAGCGAACCGGGCAAAUCACAAUAAUAAUAUUAUUACAUUACAAUAAUAUGUGAAUGUUAUAUUAUUAUUAUUAUACGCCGCGCCGCCGCCGCCGGCAUGCAUUUGGUUUCUGUCAAUCGGAUUUACAAGGUUUCCGAUUGUAAUCCUUUUACGGCGGUGUAAAUAUUGGGGUAGGCCACCGCGCGCGCUAAGUGACUCGGCCCGUGUACGUCCGUGUAUCACGUCCGAGCCGUCGUCUUUUCAAUGGUCACGGUACGAUAAUAUUUUCGUUAUUAUCGCGAAUCGAUUACGUGCAACGGACGGAAAAAUUGAAAUAAAAAAUAAAAAAAAAAAAUCCCACAAAAGUCCGGACUCGUUUUUAUCGUCGCACAACAAAAAUCCGAAAAACAUAAAAAAAAAUACAUCUUCUUAUUAUAUUACGACUUUUACCCGCGGUGUAGAUAAAUCCCCAUUAUCCGAUAAAUCGAUUGUUUUUCAAAACGUAACUUAUUUCGUAUUAUUAUUAUUAUUGUAGGAAGUAAAAACGUACUAGGACUUUUUGUCCAACUUUUUUUCAAAACGGACUUGUUGUCCGUGGACCUUUUGUCCCCGGAAUUUUCGUCCGGGAUUCAACACGCCCGACAACAAAUAUUAUAUACAUUGAUAAUUGUACUUAUUUACGAUUGAAGAAAAUCUACAAUGUUAUAUUUAAAUAUUUUGGGCUAUCCCUUUCAAAAUACGAUCAAGUUUCUCUCUGGCAUUGAAAAUCCCCUCGUGUUAACAUUUUUAAAUUUGUCAGGCGCGAUCUUUCCUGCUCGAUCGUACAUAAAAAUUUCGGCACGCUUGUAUUUUUAGAGGAACUACUUAAAACGUCAUAAACUUUGAUACUGAAAACAUGCUUACCUGUCUUCUUUUUGUAGAUUUAUCGAUUUUUUUUCCUAUCCGGUAUUAUAAUGAGUAGUAGUAGUUGUUUAUUUAUUCGUAAUAUAUUAUUUUUAGUAUUAUUAUUAUUAUUUUUUUUUUUUGAGUCCAAUUAUUCUCUGUGUCUCUCGCGUCCAAACAGUCGCUUCCAAUUGACUGCGUACACAUAGUGACCCCAAACAAUGUAUAUUGUUGCAAAACCAACAAUACAUACCUCGCCGCGCUCAGAAUCUAAAAUAAUACUCAAAAUACGUUUCACAGUUUCGCCGCUCAGAAUCGUUAUCGUUAGUAUUGUUAGCUUUUCGUGGCGUAUACAGAUGAUAUUAUUCAAAAUCAAAUUGAUAUUUAAAUAUUUAUUCAUUUGGUUUAGUAUUAAAUUAUAAUUUGAUUCUUAAAAAUUAAAUAAGAUACCUAAUCAAAAUUAUAAUAAUAUAGUAUAUACGUAGUAGUACUAUUUAUACCGGUGUACUUAUAAACAUCGCUGUAAAUACCCGAAGUCGUUUUUAUAUUGUACAAUAGCUGGCGCGUCGUACAUACAAUGGAUUAAAAAAAAAAAAAAAACCUUUCAACAGAAGAAUAUUAUUAUUAAAUAUUAUACAUCGAACAACAUGCGGUUGUGUCAAUUACGAUACAAUUUGUGGUAAAUUAUUAUAACCUAAUAAACCGUAAUUCAGUCGGUUCGCUUUUUGUUUAUAUACCCAACAAUCUAUCUGACUAUACCGCGAUGGUGUAGUACCGCGGUUGUGGUUGCUGUUAUUAUUAUUAACGCCGCGGGGGUAAUAUUAUAACGAAGAAAGUCACAAUUAACAAAAAGCCAUAAAGUAUAUCAACGGUAUUAUACAGUCCGAUGAUACGGUGCCGCGGCUGGAUAUAAUAUCGUAUUAUUAUUAUACGGGAAAAAAUAUGAGUUUUAAUCGCAAUAAACCAACGUCGUUGUCGUAAUAAUAACAAUAAUAAUAAUAAUAAUAUCACGUAUUGUGAAUAUCAUGCCUGGUGAAUUGAACGAUGGUAUAUUACACGUAGAUUUCAAACCCACGGAUGCAUUCUCUUUCGUUGGCGCGAAUAGGGGGAGUAUAAUUCUCCUCCCUCCACCCAAAUCAAGUCCUCAUCAAGUACCUGCACACCAAGUAUAGACAACAGGGGGCUGUAUUCAGGAGGGGAAGAGGCUUGCGACCGAAAGGCGAAGGGGACAACUGCAAUGUUACGUCUCUUGUUGAAAAAACCAGAUUAAAUUUUGACGUUUUAGAUUCUGAGCGAAGCGAGAAAUGUACCGGUUGUACAAUGAUGUUUGUUUAUUUUUAUCUGUAAACGACUUUUCUGCUAAAAAUCAUGCUCCGAUUUGUCAAGUAUAGCAUCUUUUCUGAAAGGGAAAUUUAUCUGGGUGUGGUACUUUAGGCGGGUUAUUUUUUGAUUUUCCAAGUAGUUUUUCAAAAUAAUUUUGAAAUACGGGAAAAUUUACGAAAUUCAUUAUUUUAAAUUUUGUAUUUUGUUGUAAUUCAGUUAAAAAUAUUCUUAGAGACUUGAAAUUUGAAUAGAAAAUUAUAUUUGUCUUUUCUAGACGUGGUCAAAUUUUAAAAACAUUUUAGCCAUUUUUGAGUUCUAAUUUUUAACAUUAGUCGUAACAUAAUAUAUUAUAUUAUACAUUUAUAAGUGUUGUACAUCAUGCUUGCAUGUUUGUAGUCUGAAAUCAACAGUACAGAUUGUACGUUUUGAACAACGUUAUUCAUGUUGAUUUGUGAAACAAUCCGGGAAUUUCGCGUUCGCAUUCGUUUAUAACGGUUCGCAAAUAUUUUUAUUAUACCCAAAUUCAACACAUCACAGCGACGUUGUGUAUCUCACUUAGAUUGCACAGCGGGAUAAGAUGAUUUUAUUUCAAAAUAAAUACGCACUCGAAUGACUAUAUAUAAUGCGGCACGACUCCGUAGGUAGGUAUGACUGUUUUACAUUAAUUCCCAUCAAUUAUAAUAUUAUUGGCGGAAACGUCUAAAUUCGUAAAAAUACAUAAAAAUAUACCUUAACACACAAUUAUAUUAUAUAAAUUUGCGUUACAGGCGGAAAGUUUUUUGAUUUUCGGCGCGAAAACGUUUGGGUCGAACGCGUAAUAAAUCAGAAAACCGGUCUUGUGUUUUGUUUUGUUUUUUUUUUGGCGGAAAAGAACCCCGUGCCUUUUAUAUACGAAACGAGCGGCGGGGCGUAUACGGGCGGUAAUACGACGAUAGUCGACGGUAAAAUAAAAAAAAAAAAACACGAUCGUAUUAUUAUUAUUAUUGUUCGUCGUCGUCGUAGUGUAAUAAUUUUAUAAAAUAUGUGUAUCAAUGGGUAGUGUACCGCCGCGAGGGGUCCGCCGGCCGAGCGCAUAUAUCGCUAAUUAUUAAUGAACAAACGGAACACAAUUCUGAACGCACAACAGGUUGAGUAGGCGAACAGUGGCUAACAUAAUUUUGUUCCGACCGUGUAGCCAAUAAUGUAUCGCCGUGUCCCACGGUACAACGACGGUAUUCCGGGAGUCCCGCGACAGACGGCGGCAACCGUUUCGAAUGUUUCGAUAUAAUUUACACACACACACACACACACACACACACACACACACACGACUUUAUAAUAAUGUAUACGUUCGCAUACAGGGCGAUUCUGUUGACUCGGUCCCAUUAUACCAUUAUUUGUAUUGCCUAUAAUAAUACCCGUUCCGUGCGUGUGUAUACUCAUCCGACCUAAAUCCUGUGCAAACACAACGCGCCGGACGGACUUUGGAAAAAUUCUCACACGGUUUUUUUUUUUUUUUUUUUAUACGCGACAGUAUUCCUCGGAUUUUCCCCGAGUUAUCUACUGUUUUGUUUAAAGAAAAAAAUAAAAUCUAAAUCAUAAUAAACGUCAAAAUCAUAUCGGUAUAAUUAUUCUAAUAAAUCAUUUUACUAAUUAUCUAAUUGAUAUUUCAACCAUGAAAAUUUUUGAAAUAACAAUAACAAUUUGUCCAAACCGAAGAAAAUAGUUUACUGUAUAAAAUUUAUAAUCCUCAGAUUAUCCUCAGAUCAACCAGAGAGUCGCAAUCGUUAUUAAAGUGAUGCGGAAUGUCUUUGCUACAGUUAUACACAUAGGCAUGUUUUAAUAAUAAUAAUAAUUUACACCUAAUAUAUUUUCGUGAUAUUUUUGAAUGCAUUCACUGUAGCAACCAAUUUUUUUUUUACCACAUCUACAAACGUCUGGAUCCCUAAGUAUAUAAUAAUAAAUAUUAUAAUUGUCUCGUAUGGUAUUUCGUUAAAUAGAAAUACAGUUUGCAUUUUUAAUACCAGAGCGUGAGCAGAUUUAUGACGCAUACUGUGCACUAUUUAUACACGGCGUAUAGAUAGUGUACAUAAAUUUAAUCUAUAACGUACCGCGUUGAAAACAAAUUUUAAAAACUUUACAUGUACAUACAUAUUUAUGUAUUUUUAUAUUCUUACUAGUAUAAUAUUGCAGCUUUUAUUAUAAUAAUACGGUUAAAACCGGGACAUUUUAGUAAACAUCCAUCGUAGAGUAUCCACUCCCCCUUCUUUAACAAAUUGCCUCGGGCGGAUAGAUCCAACCGUCUCUUUAACUUUUGAAAUUUCCCCAGCUACCUUUCCCCCUAAAGAGAUAGUUGCCUAAAUAUAAUAUAUUGUUCCGAAAAUCUACUAAUUCGAUAAUUUACCAAUUAUAUUCUAUGUCGGACCCACGGUAAGAGAAAUCUCACUCUACUGGGUUUUCAAUCGACUUCAAUGUUUAUCCAUUUGAACACAGAAAACCUUCUUAAAAAUGCCAGUGUUAAAAUUUAAAAAUAUUUCUGUAAAUUAACGCUAUAUAGCGAUAUAGCUACCUAAAUGUUAAUAUAUUAUAGAAUAUAGUCACCCGGUCUCCGGAUUUCAGCGGCCUCGUAUUUGUAUUUAAUUGAUAAAAAAAUUCUAUAUGAUAUAAAAUAUCGCACUGUAAAUAAUGCAAUAAACCCUCUUUUCUUCUAAAGUCCUUGGCCGAAAAAUGUACAAAUUAAGCACUAAAAAACUGUAAAUAUAAUUUUUACACAAUGCGUCUGCGGUGCACAUAAUUAGCCUUCGGAGAAAGGUAACAUGCAGAAAUGUCUUAUUCUAAAGGACAAUAUAAAUUUUAAUUAUUAUUGUAUUGUAUAAUAAAACAUUAACAGAAAUAAAUAUUUAUAUAUUAUUUUAACGCGUUAGAAAUAUAUAUUUUUUUUUUGGAUUUUGAGUGAAGGGAGGGGUUAGGAAAAUAUUGGAUUUACAAUGAAGUUUAUUUUUUACACUUUGUACUUAAUUUCUCCCAGAAAUCUUGUUCCAAAUCAAAACAUGACAAGAGACCGUUUUUGUUGCAUUUCGGCUCUAAUUGGUACUUUGGACAGAAUAUUUUUUAUAAUUCACAUUAAUAUUUGUGAUAACAAGGAAAAACUGAUUCUUUAGAUUAAAAAAUAUUAAAAGAUUAAAAAUUAGUUUAUCAUUGGCAAUCGUUUUUAUUUAUUUUUUGUUAUUAUUAAAUUUGUAUUAUUUUAAUCUUUUAAUAUUUUUAAUAUUUUUAAUAUUUUAAAUAUUAAAUAUUUAUAAUAUUAAAAUUGCGUUUAACAGAUUUAAUCCUAUAUAAUAAAAAGUCACGUGAUUUUUUUAAUUUUUUUUUUUCAAAUAACCUUAAGCUCGAUACGUUUUCGUCGAGACUGACGAGUAUUGCGUAUUUUAAUAUGCAACCUGAUAAUUCUUAUACGGUUUUCAUAUACGCCAUUUAUACAGAUAUAUAUAUAUAUAUAUAUAUAUAUAUAUAUAGGUAUAUAACCUAACACAAAUAAUGACAAUUCAGCAGUUGUGUUAUGUUUUCUGUAUAGCAAAUGACGGCUUGUUUUUUGCCAUCCGUAUGAUAUACAUAUAACUAUUUAACAUCCACGAUGGAGUCUUUCUCAAGUAUAUAUGCGUAGGUACAAAUAGGUGCCUAUGCUAUGUAUGAACGCACGUGCAGAUAUCUGUUAUAUAUUAUCUCGACGAGAAUAUAAUAACGUAUACCUAUAUACAUUAUUAUAUUCUCGUCGAGAUAAUAUACCUAUUAAAAACAAUUUUAUGAAACUUUACUCAUAUACGUAAUGUCGGUGUGCAGCAUAUACCUAUAUUAUAUUGUCUAUAACAAUGUUAUAAAUAUGGCAUACGGUACCGUAACUGUAAUAAUAUUUACAUGUCCUUCGGUGUGAGAGUAAAACCGUAUACGUAAAGGUAUAAGGCAUAAUAUACUGAAUAUCGGUGGGUACAAAUGACAUUCAGCACAAUAAUAAUGCUGUAUGUUAAAUAUCAGAACAUAAUAAUAAUAAUUCGCACUUUAAUAUCCAGCUGGUAUAUUGUUUCGAUGUUAUGAAAUAUAUUUCUUGAACCAUUGUUUUUUUUUUUUAGUUUAACACAGGUUAGCUACAUAAUGGUAUAUUCUAAUCGUUGUUCGCGAUUUUUCAAUAUUGAAAUUCUUCUUCGUCUUCCAAUGAAGAUGGGCUUAAAUUAAUUUUUGGUUUUUUUUUAUAUAGGUAAUUUUGUCUCGUAUGAUUUGUUCCCUUUGUUUUUCGGCCUAAAUUGCGCAUGUGUAUGUAUUUUCAAAAUUAUUCUACGUAGUAAUAUUAGUUUUUGUAUGCAAGUAGCAAGUAUAUGUAUUUCAUUAUUUUCAAAAUUUAAUUUGCUUAUUGUAUUGAAAACUGUACAAAAUUUACUUAAGCUCUUCUUCCCCCGGACAAAAUAAUUAAAUUACAAGUGUUAUAUACUCAUACAUCGUGUAGAUAAACCGAUAAAUCGCGUCGUCGAAUUCCUAUCUACGCUCAUACCAAUCAAAGUAAUUUAAGUUAACACUUUUUUUUUUCAACCGUUUCAGGUUGGUUUGCAGGUUUACACACACCACAUUCACCAUAUCUCGUGGUCUUCAGGAAUUCUCUUUAAUCCAGUAUAUUAAGUGUCUAUCCUUACCUUUUUUUUCGUCAGUUGAAAUAUGCAUGUGCUUUACGUCCUUCAAUAUUGCACCUACUAUUACGACAACGUAGUGAAGUUCUCCAUAAUUUAUUAUAGACUAUAGAUCGGUAUCCAAUUAUAUCACUUCGUCGCCGCGUUAUGACAUUCAUCGUGGUUUUUGUUUCUUCAACUUCAGUUAAUACGUACAUCUUCAUCCGUUACUCUUACUGUCCAGCUUAUUUUUACCUUUCGUCUUCAACCCUUGCACAAUCCGAAUACUACAAGGGAUUUUUUUCUAAUUUUCUAAUAACCCACGUCUCGCAACCAAACAUACACGAACACGCAAAUGUUUUAUUUUAUUAAUAGAGAAUUACGCUAUUAAUACUUUUUAAGAGCAAAAUACUCUUUACCGCGUUGAAAGCCGCCCUAGCUUGUCCGAUUCCCUGCUUAUUUGCAUGUAAUAUAUUAUACUUCUUACGUCCGCAGCAGAUCUUCCUUGACUACUCGAGUAUUUGAAACGGCCGAUAACUUGCAUUGAAAAUUGGGUUCCGGCGUUCAACUGAAAUAAGCGCAAAUCAGAAUACGAAUAUAAUACAAUGUAUACGCAUAACACAAUACGUAGGUCUUUUUAGCGCAGGUUUAUCGUCACAAACGGUAAAUUAUUAGGUAUAUAAUAUUAUUAAAAUAAUAAUAAUAAUAAUAAAUAGUACCUAUACAUACGUAGAUAAUGGCCGACAAUUAUUCUCGCAAGCUGACCCUGUCAAUUAUUAUAAUAUGGUGUGUAAUUUUUAGGGUUAGUAUAUGUAUAAUAUGUACGAGGGCACCCUCGUAAAAGUUUUCGGACCGUGACUAUAUAUAAAAAAUAUUAUAUCGAGGGCGAAUUAUAUUUGGAGGGGGGGGGAUAAUACUAAUUAAAAUAUAAGACUAGGAGGUAUACAUGUAAUAUAUUAUGCACCUAUAAUAUAACGGUAGGUAUAAAUAUUUAUAAAAUAAACGAAUUUCGUACCAUGCAAUACCGUGCGUCGCGAACUUGGACUUUAAGUGCUAUUGCUAUGCCGUAUGUACGGUAAUAAUAAUAAAAGCGUAUAAUAUAUGAAUUAUGUUGAUUAUGGAUUUUUUUUUACUUUUUUUUUUUGUAUAAAUACGCUUGGGACAAAAAUGUUUUAUGACCCCGCGUAACAUAUUAUAUGAGUGUAGAAUAAUAAUAAUAAUAAUAUUAUUAUAUCGUACGAGAUUAAUAAAAUGAAAAAAAAAAAAACAAAAAGAGAAAAAAUUAAAAACCGAGUAAAAUUACGUAGUUUUAUUUUUUUUUUUUUUUUUUCGUCGUCGUCGUCGCAGCGUAUACAGUGUCCCGUGCGAAAUGACCCCCUCGGGUAACGUCAGAAGAAAACGAAAAAAAAAUAAAAUAAAAUAAAAAACCAAAAACAAAGUAUAAUAUAAUCGUGCCUUAUUAGACCCGGACGGCGAACAGCGGUCGAGAUCCGUUUACGUUUUACGGCGUCGUCGACUAGGUGCAGAAACGCUACCGUGAGUUAUGUCCACCGGAAACCGGUCGGCGUGCGGCCCGAGUUAUUAUACGCGUAUAUAAUAUGUGAUGUACGCACAUUAUACUCGUACAUAAAAUAAUACCGCAGUCGCGUAUAUUGCGUGCGUAUGUAUAUAUAUAUAUAUAUAUAUAUAUAUAUAUUAUACGUACGAAUUAAUUAUUGUUAUACAGUCAAACGGACGGGGGGGAAAAAAACAAAAAAAAAAAAAAAAAAAAAAAAACGAAAAAGAGAGAGAGAGAGAGAGAGAGAGAGAGAGAGUGAGCGAGACAAGCGGCGGCGGCGGCGGUAGACUGGCCCUGCUGCUGCCGCUGCGACGGCCGCAGCUGACGUGUGACCGUUUGGGACAUGAUAGCGCUGGCGCAGUAAUUACACCUAUAGGUAUAAACCGUACUGCGUAUGUGUACGUAUGGGUAUAAUAUUAUUAUUACCUAUACGUGUCCUAAUGACAGAUAUAAAUCAAACGACCAGAUGUUUCGGCGGCGGGCGACCCCCCUCCCCCGCAGCCCCUUACACUUUGCCUUCCCCGCGAUGAUGUCAUCGCCCGCCCCUCUCGUUCUGUAACCCCUACUGCCCCCUCCCGCCGCCUUUCUGUGCGCGGUAUACGCCUUUUUUCCCGCCGCCGCCGCUUCGAAAUUAAUUACUUUAAAUGGUAAUUGUUUUCCCCCCCGCCCCAACACCACCACCACCGUACUGUUGGAGGGUCCAUUAUGUAAGUUAUGUAAGUCGAACAACAUAAUAUUAACUUCUAUUAUGUAUGUGUAUAUAUAACGGUGACUUAUCGUAUACAACGUACAAUACGCAUUAUGACAUCGUAUUAUAAUAAUAUAAUAUUAUGGUACCUGCUGUAUGUAUAAUAUACACGGCGGACGCAAUAUAAAUAUUAUUCGCAUACACGCUAUAUAUUGUAACGUAUAUUAUUUUCUUGCGAGCGUACACACAGAUUUUAGACUUUUUUUUUUUUAUAGUAGAAAUAUUAUACAGGUGUUGUUUUUCUGUAUUGAUUUCGCGCACAUUAGUCAACGCGUUGUCGGUACGAUACAACUUAAAGGUAUUCGUGUAUGUAUUAUAGUUCUUAUUAUAAUAAUAUACGCGGACCUAUACAAACGGAGAACGUAUUAAGUAUACAUGCGUAUAAUACUAUAACAUGGACACACACACACACGAGUUAUGUUUCGGUUAAAAUCGAAUUAUCUUGCGGUCGUGUAAUACACGCCAAAAAAAAAAAAAAAUAGAGAAAAAUUAUCGGAAACCGUACAAAAACAUGGGAAUAGAAACUAGAAUCGCAUUCGUUUUGUUUAAGCGCCGUCGCCGCCGCUACAUAAAUUUAAUAUCGCGCGUUUUAAUGGCAUUUUAUACGCGUAAGAAGCACAAGGAAGUACCACAGCGACGGGAAUUUCCGGAUAACAAUUACAAUAAUAUCGCAUUCCGAUUAACACAGAAAUAAAUAAAAAAUAAAAAUUACAGUCGGGAAUUGAUACAGAAACGAAUAAUGCGUAUAAACAAUCGCGAAUCAUCCGGAAUAUAUUUGGGGUUAGUUCAAUGAGGAUUGAAUGGAAAGAAAAAAAUAAGUCAAAAUCGCUUACAGUAUAGCGGUAUUAGCGGCAGAUAUCAAAAUGCGUUCAGAAAUAUUCGGUGGAACGGAAUAACAGUUCAUUUCCAGCGUUCGGAAGAUUAAAAUCAAAACGCCGCUCCAUUAGUUCAUAUAGAAUAUAACUGUGCGUAAAUACAAUCUAACUGUGUAGAAUAUUUCGAAAAACUAUUCGAACAGUUUCUCCACCCCACCGUAUAACCGAACGAUGAUUGUGUGACCGUUCGAAUACAGUUCGCGAUCUGUAACAAUCGUUCGACAGUUGUAACUAUGUAUUAUAUUCGAUAAUGUCGAUCGUUAGAAAAUACAUAACGAAAACAUACAAAAAAAAAAACCCAUAAAAUUCUAUCGAUUGUGUACGCUUGCAGUUACCGUAACCGUACAGUUACUGCAUUACCUACCUGUACGGUUUAACUAAAAUGCCCGUAAUGUCUAUAAGGCCAUAAAUUAUUACCCAUAUACAUAAUAAUAUCCACUUGGCCACUAUUAUCGCGUAAUGUAUCACAUCGUCUUAUUAUUGCGUUCCCCCUUCGCAACGAGAAAACGGAACGCUACACUAUAAUACAGCAAUAACAUCGCCGAUCAAAUAUAUAAUUUACACGAGUUUAUAUUCUACCUCAACAGCUACUUUACAUUGUAUUUAUGGUCGUUUAAAACUGUAUGCGGUCUCGUAUAAGUCAUUGAUUUUGUUCGAAUAUUUUUUUAUUUUUUUUUUUUUUUUACGUGUUUAUAUUGUAAUCGUGUUCUCGGGUAAUAUAUAUCUAUAUAUAUUUUUUUUUUAGUAAAAUAACGUAUUUGUUUAAUUUCGUGAACUCUCGCAGUGCGAUACGAUCGUGCCUGCAUUAUACUACAUAUAUUGUGUAACACGUAAUUUUAAUUUUUUAAUUUUUUUUCGAAAUUCGAUUAUUUUUUAUUUUGUUUAUUUUAAUUGUUUGCCGUCAAACGCGUCGUGUUUCAUUCGAAUCGACUACGUGCUCGUUUAUUUUAAACUCGAUACACCUAUUAUAAUUGUAACCCGUAAUGUUUUAACGGUUUUAUACAAUAUAGGUACUUUUCAUUAUUUUCAUAUUCAUAAAAUAAUAUUAGAGCAUUUUUGAUAACCAUCACGCACCGUGUGAUUAUGCGUAUAUAAUUAUAUCGCGGUAAGAUUGGGCGCAUUCAAAUAUUCUACCCACGUGUAUACCUAUACACCUAUUACGGCGCAGGACAUUAAACUAUAAAAACCGGCAGCUGUCAGUUUUAUUUUUCAAGUAUAUACUAUGUACAGUCCGCAUAAUAAUUAUUACAUUUAUUCAUCUAGUUUUUAUAUUAUGCUAAAAAUAAAAAUCAUAUUCAAUUUUUAAUAAUUAUAGUAUUACUAUAUUAUUAUUAUGAUUUUUUUUUUUUUUUUGCUCGUGAGCUCGUAUCGGAAAUAAUAAUUUUUGUUUUGUUUUUUUUUUUUGUGCAUUCACUACUAUAUGAACAUAUGCAUUAUGCAUAGUAUACACGUUUAAUUUUUUUUUUUUUUAUAUAUAAUUUUUAUACAGUUUCAUUAUUCAAUUUAAAUAAUAUAUACCUACCCAUUCAAAUAUACAUAUACUAAAUAUAAUCGAAAUACUCGAAUUUAAAAACGGAUAAGCCUAUGAUAUAUAUGUAGGUUAAUGUUAAAAUUUGUUAAGCAAUCACUAAUCACUCUUGAAUAAGUCGUAUCUUACCGCAACAGUCGCAAUACAUUUUUAGUCAUAAAUAUAGCAAUGUAUAGAAUAUAAUAUGUUAUGUACCUACAGCAAUAAAUUAGUCACCACGUUAAAAAUAUUAUAAAAGUCAGAUUAUAUAGUAAACCCUUUCGUCACGACUUUUUAUUUUCGACUAUUUUGGAUAAGGCUUAUUUUACUUACUGUUUAUAUUUGGACUCGAGUUGAUAGUACAUACUGAUCCUAAGAUAUAUUCUGUCUUCUCUAAAGGAUGUCAUGACUUAUAAGGGAACCUAAAAUUAAUAAUAAGAACUAAUUACAACUAAUAUAUUUACCCAAGUAGAUAGAGAGUACUUGGAGUUUAUAUUUAAAUUGUAAAUUUGCAUUCUAUUUAUCAGGACUAUACAAUGCAGUUAAGCAAAUAAUUAUUAAACUAGUUCGUUAUUUGUUUCGUGAGAUAACACGGCUUUUUUGUAUAUUUUUAGAUUUUGAGAAUAAGUGAGGAAUGUAUAUGUUGUUUUACUAAUUGUUUUUUCUGUUUUUCUGUAAAUAACUUUUCCAGCCUAUAACUAUUACAACCAAUAACAUCAGGGAUAGUUUCUGGUACCAAAUUAUGUCUAGUUGGACUUCGUAUUUCUUAUGGUUUUCUUAAUAAUUUGAAAAAACUGGAAUAUUUAUACUCAAAAAUGAAUUCUACAAUUUUUAAUUGAUUUUUUUUGUUGUAAUUCAGUUUAAUAAAAAUCGUGUAACAUUAUCAGAUUAUUCUAGCUAUUUUUUAAUUAUUUUAUUAUAGCCAAUUGAAAUUUUCAAAGUUGUUUAGCUUGUAUUUCGUUUUUUGUGGAUUAAACUGUUUUGGACCACCAAAAAUGCUCGAAAAUCUAACACGUAAUUUAUACAAAUAUGUAUGCAAUACUGUGUUCAAAAUAAUUUUUUUUUACGGAAAACAAUAAUUACAUAAAUAUAAGUAAUACGAGUUAUAGUUUGAGAAUUGAGUUGAUAAUGAAAAAAUAUUAUUGUGUCAUUAAAUUAAAGUCUUUAAAUGGCUAAAUUAUUAAAUAGCCUAACCUAAAUCGUGUUCUAAAUGUCCAAAUAUAAAAUAAGCUAAAUAUUAUAGUGAUUCGAGCCUUUUUAAUUUUCAAUACAAUAUUUGUUAGAAUAUACAUACAUUAUAAAAGUGCAAAAUUACUAAAAACAAAAGUAUGUAAAACAAAAUAACAAACAUUGACCCCAAAAAUUAAGACCUUCUUUCUUAGAACGAAAGUUAUAUUACCAUAGAACUUUAAGUGUAUAAUUAUAAGUUUUUAUUUUUCCGUUUAUCGGUACCUAUAUAGACUAUAAUACCUAUAAUAAAAUCGUAUUGUAACCGGUAUAAUCAAAAAUGUAUAACCGCAUAUAUCUGUAUACAUAUAAAGUUUAAAAAAGCUGAUAUUACUGAUGAGUGUGCCACUACAGGUGAAGAUGGAAAGUUGUGAAUAUAGGAUACAGAGAAUAAUUUAAUUUAUAUCUGUACCUAUGCAACGAUAAACUAUUACCAACGAAAACCGAUCCUGAGAAAAGUUCGGUUAAACUUGUUUUGAAAUUCCUUAAUUUUUUCGAUUCUCGUCAAAACUAUAAAACUUAAAACGCUUUUAUAAAAAUUGUUUACAUUGGUUUUUUCUAAGUACAGCUUAUAAUCAAUGAUCCUUGUGUUCAAUUUUAAAGCUUUUUUUGUUUAGUUUAACAAUUGUAUCCCCAUAAAACCCAAUAAAAACUAAAAAAAAUUCGAAAAUAUCAAAUGUCUAUAAAUAACGAUAACCUCGCCAGAAUAUAUUGAACGUCACGAUAUCAUUUUCGUCCGAAUUGCAACAAAAACACUAAAUCGAAAAUAAUUAAACUUCAUCAAAAUUUUCCUGUUUGAAUUUUUCCCCAGUUUUCCCCGAUUUGAAUGAAAACCCAAAGAAAAUCGAAAACCGCCGUGUUAACGCACCAAUAUUAGAUCUAAUACGUACUAUGAAAAAGCAUCAUUAUCCUUUCGGUUUUUGAUCGGAUCAAGAUUUCUGGUAUGAAACUUGUUUACGGACAGAAACGGAAAAAAACCGCACACAUCGUAGUAAAACCUAUACAUUUCUCACUACGUUCAGAAUCAUAAAAAAAAAAAAAAAAAUACAUAUAUAUUACGAUGAAAAUAUAACUGCGAUAUUAUCAUCGGGGUGCCGGGUGCGAAUUCCAGACGUUACAAUAUGAUUAUUAAACUCACUUUGGCAUUUGAAUAUUGUUUUCGUGUGGGCUAAACACACACACACACACGCAUAGGUGUAAUAUAUUAUAAUAUUUAUAUCAGAUAUCUAGUAAAUAUUGUUAUAGACUGCAUAUUAUAAUUCACCGUGCAGUUCCCACACGUCGAUAACGCGCGUAUAUAAGAAUAAAAAUGAGACGCGCGCGCGCGACGGGACGGGACGGGGGAAUGCACCGCGGAGGGGAAAAUACAUCUCGAAAGUCAUAAAAAGAUAUAUGAUAUUAUUUUUAUUACAAUAAACACGCCGUGAUCGCAGCUGGAUAACGUCGUGUUCGAAAUGACCACGAUAAUUUUUUACAACAUAAUACGUCUUCACCCUCGAUGUAUCUGGGACUCAGUAUCCGGCGACGACGACGACGACGACGGCGGGCUAAGGCUAUACAAGACAUAACAUAUACGAGGCUCCGAGGGGGGGACGGAAUCCAGUUUACGCGCGCGACCGAUAUUUUUCGUCAAGGAGUGUUGUAUUUUUCGAGCACGCCGUAUACACGCCUUCAUCACCGUCACCAUCCGUACAAUAAGCGAGUUAUAAUCAUAUUUAAAUAGCGUGAUAUUUAACAUAUUUCAUUUGAAAAUAAAAAUAACGAAAAAUCAUCAACGCCGGAGCAUACGUAAUAUUCUUAACUUUGAUUUUGGUAAUAGGUCAAUUCGUUUUAAUAUUGAAACUAACGGCGCAAAAUGUGUCCGAAAGAACGCGUAUUUUUUAUUACCGCGUGUCUCGCGUCCGUAAGACGGAGACAGUAGAUGUCGGCGAGGCGUCCUCUUAAGGCCCGUCGAAAAAACAACCUACGUACAAACACGGAUGAUCCGAAACUAUCCGAUUCUCGAAAUUAACCGUAUAGCCGUACCACGUACCCGUACACCAUCUGUAUAGGUUAUCACGCCGUCUAUCUACAAACUCGUUUCGAGCACCCGCUUUAAGGUGCCUACCCCGGCGUUUCACCUGCAGUUCCACUGCUCCUUAUUUUGCGUCCUCGCCACCGCAAAUUCAGUAAGCAAACUGAGGAGCUGAGAAGAGGUCAACGACGAACGUCGCAAUGCGCGGACCCAAAUAUUGACACUUUAUUUAUUUAUUUAUUUUUUUUUUUUUUUCUGUUCGGGUGUCCGAUCAUUCACACGCAUAAGUCUUCUAUCGUUAUUAACAUAUUUCGUUAGCGCCCGUCUUCGUUAAUUAACCGCGCGCAUAUUAAGCUUUCUAUUGUUCGUUUAUUUAUUAUAGUCGUCAUCGCGGUGCCUGCGCGCGUUUAUGUUAAAAACGGCCUCGCCCGUGAAAUUAAAUACAUAACGAUAAUCCCGUAUUAUACUCGCCGCCGGCGCACUCGUAUUAUUUAUGAGCCGCAUACUGUAUUGUAAAAUGCCCACCGUACAGUAGGUACCUGUAUACGUGUGCGCGAAAUUAGACGUAUUAUAAUAAUGUAAUCGGUGACGGCGAUCCCGGCGAGGGCGCCGCGGUUGUGACGGGAUACUAUUUAUACUUAUAUAUAUAUGCACACACACACACACACAUACACGGUUCUAAUGUAAUUUAGCGGCGAGCGUACGCGCGGGUCGAAACGAGGGAGACACAAAUCGUUUAUUUGUGACCGCGGCCGGGGCGCGGGCCGCGCAGGGUUCGUAGGGGAUGAUUUGUUUUGACGCCAGGUGCCCAUGGUAACCGGAUUACAUAAACGGCCACGGCGGCGGGAUCGCGUGCGACCGACGGUUUUUCGGCUCCCCUACCCGGAACUCGCGCCCGUCGACAACCCCUCCGGCCCGUUCGGACGGCCAAUGAUACACCGUGUAUGUGGCGCGGUGUGCGCGCGUGUGCGUACACACGUACGAACACUUGCGGAAGUGCGGCGAACAGAACGGAACACGUGAAAGCCGAGCACGUGCGCCGCAUCGGCCCGGGGUAUGGGGUACAUUAUAUACCUAUACCUGCCGGCAGUCUCUUGUGUGUUCUUUUUAAUUUUUUUUUUUUUAUACGAAAAUCUGACAUGUGAUAUAUUUAUGUCACUCGCGGCGAACGGGUUACCGGGGAGCAAAACAAUUCCGUCGCCACCCCGCAUCCGCUUUCGCGCGCACGCUAAACUUUGUACGUCAAGUAUAUCCGUAUAUAGGUGUGGGUUGGGUAUAUGCGCCGAGAAACUUUGCCACGCGCGCGUACAAAAUAUAUACGUACAAUAAUAAUAUAUUAUGUGCGUAUAUAUAUAUAUAUAUAUACAUAGGUAGAUAUACCGCGCUGCAGUAAGUUUAAUAAUAAUAAUAAAAAAAAAAAAAAAAACCGUAAGUCACGAGUGAAAAAAGUUUAUGAAUCCGGUUUUAUUAUUACAACAGACAGAAAACUGUGGUGUUUUUUUAUUAUUAUUAUUAUUAUUUAUUUAUUUCGUAUAUACGUAUAUAUUAAUAUUAUUUUAUAUACACGGACGACUGAUAAUUCAUAAAUAAUAAAAACGUUCAUGCGAUCCGGGCCCCGAAGACCGCUGUGUACACAAUAAUAAAUAAUUUUCAUCCAGUUAAUUAAAGCGAAACCACUGAAAGACGACGGUCGGAUAAAAAAAAAAAAAAAAAAAAAAAUAAAAACACACUGUUAUACAAAUAUAACGCGUAUAAGAGAGCGAGACGACGACCGGGGCAAAAAGGGUACACUUACACACACACACUCACACACACACUUACACACAGACACACAGAGGCCGAAGAGAGGUAAUAAACUAGGCUCGUUAGCUGUCGUUUUGAGGUGGGGCGCCGAUGGGUUACGAUUUGUUUGGGAUGUAAAUAAGCCAUCACCAGCGGGCGGCCGAUAAUUUUUAUCAUUAUUUAUUUAUUUGUCUUUUCGUUAUUUAUUUACUAUAUGGAUUUAUUGCGCGAAGCACACACCGUGCGAUUCGCUUUUUUUUCAGGGUUUUUUUUCUUUGUAACGAACAUGGCGCUCAGACGGAGUCAAACGGAAAAAACUACUAUAGAUCACUUUUUUUUUUCUCUCCGUAUAAUAUGUGUAUAAUAAUAAUAAUAAAAAAAAAUUAACAUAUUAUUCCCACGCCGAAUUCCGGUGAUUUUAUUAGGUAUUAUUAUUAUUAUUAUUAUUUUUUUUUUUUUGAAAAUUACAUUCGAUAUUCUAUACAUAUAUUGUAUAAUAUAAAAGUUUAUCUUUAUUCUUUACACGGCGCGUUUACCGUUUAUUAAUAUAUUAUACAGUAUUUUAGAUAUUAAAAUUCCGUAUAUAAUGUACUAUCAUAUCAUUGAAUUGUAUCUAUACUCGUGUAGUUAAAUAGGUAUUAGAAAACUGUAUGUUUUUUAAAUUCAUUUCCAAUAAUCCGAUUACAGAGAUUAACCGCCAUUAUAUAAUACGCGUUAUUCCAUGUAUAGCAAUUUCGGUUAAGUAAAUAUCACACGAGCCUAAAUAGAAAUAUAAAACUAUAAAAACCGCACACAUGUUAUACGUGCUACGUUAUAUUAUCAUAGUAAUACGCGGUCCUGGAAACGUUUUUAACGUCAUGCCUCAAGUAAUCUGGAUAAUUUUGACAUUGGUAUGCAAAUUAUCGACUGUAUAAUAGCGAUACCUAUACAUAUGGGCAGUUGACUUUAGAAAAAAAAAAAAAACCCAUAACAAAGAGCGCCCAGGACUUAACACUGGUUUCGAUUUUAUUGGGAUUGAAAAAAAAAAAAAAAUCAUAGUAAAAUCUGAUUAAACGCUGCGUACGCGCUCGCACCUAUACCGCAUAUUGAAUACCGGUUUUAUUACCCUCGAAUAUCCUAUUCCUGCUGUAUAUUAUAAUAUAUAACUAUGCCCGUACAUUAUUUAUACAAAAUAAAUCGCGAUAACUUUGUAUAUCGGGCAAUUCGCCAAAUAUACCGUUUAAUAAUGGUUUCAAUUAACAUUUCGUGUAAUUCGCGAUGUAAAGCGACGAUAAUCCGAAAUGUGUUAUGCGCGGUGUUAUUGUGUAUAUAUAUAUAUAUAUCAAGGCCCCGUAAUUAUUACGCGAUCCGCAAUAACAUAGCUUGAUCUUUACACAUAUACGAAUAUAAAUAUACGAAUUUUUUUGAAAAUCGUAUUUUCGUGUAUAUUAUCCAGUGUCCAGGGCCCAUUUAAAAAUUCCGUGUAAAAACGUUAACGCGACCACGCGGCCAGCGAUUUCGGUCGUGAUGCACGUGACCCGCGUAGACCCGAGUGUUGGUAGCCGGUGUACUACACGUACGUGGAGUAUAGGCAUAUUAGAUAAACAUCAGUUCCAAAUAAUUGAAUCAUCACACGAGGGUGUACCCUAUAUACUUAUAUGAUUAUAUUAUAUAUCAAUAACGUUGUAAAGUGUAGUUGGCGGCCCGUUACACGAAUGACUAACACAAUUUUCUCUAUACUCACGGCGUGAUUAAUGGUAUUUUAAUGUUCGGUUUUAUUAAUUUUUUUGUUAACGUUUGUUCGCAGUUACUAUGCACAAGUCCAAAGAAGAACAGGCUAACGUUACCGGCUCCCAAUACCAACGUUCCAGGACGUGCCCGGAGCCACAUCACUUAUAUUUGGACGGAGACAUGUUCCUACAGGUGAAUAUAAUACGUACCUACCCAUAUAGGCAUCCCUAGGAGCACGCUACACCCGCAUCUGUGACACAAAAAAAUUUAUCAUAACCUUGUUAGUUUUCGGUUUCGUUUAAAUAGCUGUAAUGUUUUUGGGUAUGACAAUUAAAAAAAAAAUAAGAACUACGUACAGCCCUCGACAAUAUUCUCUUCUUUACAUUUCAUUAUUCGUAUUUAAACUCUAAUUUCAAUUUAAACGACAAUAAAAAAAAAAAAAACCUAUACGGGUGUGGCACACAGUGGGACACAUUUUUAAAAAGGCGAAAAGUCACGAGAAGCCACUAAAAAAUUGUAUCAAAACAUAUAGUACAGUAAAAAUAUUUAUAUGUAUGUUACGGUAAAAGUACGAAUACCGACGAAAUCUAAAAUACUCUACUUAAUAUUAUAAAUGCGUAAGUUUGUUUGGAUGUUUGCUAUAUCAAUUUAUGGUUCACGCCAAAACCAUUUACCGGAUUGAGCUGAAACUUCGCAUAGAUGUAAUUCUUGACCGGAAAUGACAUAUAGAUUGUUUUCUAUCCCAAAAUUCUACCCUCAAAAGAGCGCCGAGACAGGGUCGUUAUUAGUAUUUCUGGUACGAAAAUCGAAUUAUUAUUAUUGAUUUAUGGGUACGUUGAUGAUUGUAAAUAUUUGAAUACGCUUAUCAGUUAUCAUAUACACGAUUCUAUCAUUAUUUUUGAAAAAAAUGUGUCCCACUACUAUAUUUGAUGGCGUCUUCUCAAUGCGAAACGUACAAUUUAACGAAACGGUGGACGUAACAUUCGUGUACCUAAUUAGAAAUUCGUUUUGUUUUGUACAACGCAGGCGUUAAACGGUUUUUUGGUGAUGCUCACCUGUGACGGCGAGGUUUUCUUCGCGACGCAUACCAUAGAAAAUUAUCUUGGCUUCCAUCAGGUAAUUAUAUACAUUGCACAUUUGUAACUACGUCUAUACACGUAUGUUAUAAAAACUAUUUAACACGAAAUUGUUUCAACUGAAAUAAGUAUUUACCUAUAUUUAGUUUUGAAAUUGUAAUUAACUCGCGAAUUGAAAUCAUAUUAUUGAUUGUUAUGAUAAAAGCCUCGAUAAUCGAUCAUUAAUGAUAUAAACGUUCGGGCGAACAUAGGUAGGUAAGUAUAUUACAUGGAUAUCUAUUACAAUAUGGUAUAGUAACAUUUUAACAGCUGCGUCUGUCGCGGCAUAUACACGUGGGAUAUUUAAUGGGUACCAAAUGCAGAUGUAUUCUAACAUAUAAAAAUAUAUACAUAUAUAUUAUAAACACACAUUAUUAUUAUAAAGACACUUUCGUUGUUAUUAUUAUUAUUUUUUUAAUUAUGUGUUUUAUUAUGAUACUAAUUUUCUCGCCAACAAAUUAAUUGAACAUUUUUAUAGCACCACAUCUGUAGGCAACAUUUGUACACGGUACGAUAUUAUAAAACCAUAACUGUCGCCACACCGCGAGAGAACCUCAGGUGUACACAAUUAAAUAAUAUCAUAAUACUAUUAAAUAUUAACUAUACGUUUAGAUAGUCUACCCAUUGAUAUGUUCGCAGGUUAAAUUAUUAUUUAGGACUGUUUUACGCUAAAAAAAAUAUUUAUGCGUAUACAAAGCGUACAUCGAAUAAACGGACUUUGAAUAUUCAACAAAUUUUAUCACCGCGAUUUAUUGCGCAAUAGAGAUAAUAACCGUACACGAAAAAGAAUACAGAAGUGUUUCCAAUAUAGUAAUUAAAAUAAUAAUCUUAUAUUAUGUGUCAUUAUAUUAUAAACUCGUAGAUAUUUGUAUUACCUAUUCUGCAUACAAUAUACCGAAUAUGCGUACAUAAAAGUAAUUUCUAAAAGUCUGAAACAUAAAUAUAUACGAAUAUUGCACUGAAACAAAUUUGUCAUGAUGUUUAAUUUAAAUUUCAAUAUUUUAUCAUUCGGAUUUCGUACGAUAAAAAUAGAUGUAGACAUGUGUUUGAUUUUACGAGUAUAUCAACUAAAAUGAUUAAGAUUUCUCAACUACAUCCAAUAACUUGAUGGUUAUAUUAAUGUUUGUAUAAAUAUAAUAAUAUAAUAUUAUGUUGUAUUAUAAAUUAUUGUGAUAGUAUGCCAUAGUAUAAUAAAUUACAAAUUAACAGCUUUAUUUCAGAGUAUGAAACUCGUUUAUAUUAUACAUUUAACAUGAAUAAUGAAUUUAAAUAUACUAAUAUAAUAAUAUACAGGUAUAGUUAUAAUACUUGUAAUAUAGAUUUUUCGAAGCUGAAUACGAUAGUAAAAUAGUUAUUUUAACAAAUAAUAAAGAUCUAUAUAUAUAUUUACAUAAAAAGAGCCACUGUGUAGACCGCUGUGCAGGUAGCGAUUUGGUUAGGUAAUAGGAGAUAGAAUAAUAAUUUAGUUUAUAUUCUGAAAGCAGCGAUAAAUCAUUGUAAACAAAAAAUCUAUUCUAAAGGGGGACCUCGGUUAAUUGGUUAGGUUAGACAGGUAUUAAAGUAGUAUUUUCUGUAACCAAGGGAACCCAGAAACCAACAAAAAAAAUAAUAAUAAUAAUAAAUACAAAAAUUCGAGUUCUAAGCCAAUGUAUAAUAAUUGAAAUUUAACCCUUAUAUAUCUGCCUUGGUUAAAUGUCAGACGUCUUUUCUAGUCUAAAAACAGCGUAUUCAUUGUCAGGUUUUCCAUUUUUUUAUUGUCAAGAAUUUAGAAAAAUGUUUCAAAUAAAAUACCUUCUAGUAGAUAAUUCGUAUCUUUUAACGUAGAUACGACGUAAAAGUUUCAGUGCAAAACAAUAAAACGCAGGUAUUUUAGGCUUGUCUUCCAGAUCGCCGACUCCCAUUUGGGAGUUAACCUCGAAAUGUACAUAGGUUUUAUUUGAAAUGAAAUUAUGUGUAGCGAUUUUAAAACAUAUUGUAAUUUAUGUAUAUAUAUAUAGGUAUGCGCCCAUGUAAAUUAUUAUUUUUAAUGAAAAAUUAAUGUAAUGGUUUUUAAUCUUUAUGUAAACAUCACAUAGGUUACUAACCUAGUAGUAACCUAAUACGUAGAUUGAUGAUUCUUAUUCUUUAGUAAACCGAAUUAUUUCCCUAUACUUAUACUGGUUACGAAAUAAAUAAUUAUUUUAAUGAUAACGCUUAUAAUAUAAAACGUAUUUGGUUAUAUUAAUAUAUUAUUAAUAUGUUCGUGUCAUAAAAUAGUUAAAAACAAUAUUCUAAGACAUUUUAUUGCAUUUUUUUUUUUUUUUUAUAACUGUUGAUCUACACUCUUUCAAUGCAAAUUGAAAGUAACUUUUAUAUAGGAUGAUUAAAAAUGUACGUUACAAUCAUUUUAUUAUGUGAAUAUUCAAAGUAUAGAAGAUUGUAUAGUAAAAAAGUUUUUAGAUUUAUAAACAUCUAUAAUAGUUCGUAAAUUUCGUUUUCAUUAUUGUCUUUUUAGAAAGGGUUAAAGGUUAAAAUUUUAAAAUUUAAACGGGAACCUAAAUUCAAAAUUCCAUAAAUAUAUGGAGUGUUAGUUUAAAUACAUUUUAGCGUUGGCUAUUUGAUUUUCAUCAACCCGUUGACCAGGUAUUCCACUUUUAAUUUCGAUUGGAGAAAAGUAGUGGUACAUUAUGCGCCUAUGUGGUGAUACGGCAUGGCGCGUAACUUUUGAAUAGCAUUUUAAAUGUUUAAUAAAUCAAACUUUUGUGUUAUACAUUUUUUUCUAUUUUGAUUAUUUACACAAUAAAAUGGCUGUAACAUAAAUUUUUAAUCGUAUGAACCAUACAGGGUCUAUACGUAUAAAUACCUACAAAUUUAAUGGUGUUGGUCUAUAGGUAGUCAACAACACAUGAGUACACGUCAAUAAAUUUGUGUAAACUGUAAUAUUGAUUUUUUCGUUUUAAAAUAAUUCUAAUUUUGCAUAUCAUUUACUGAUCUGUAUCUUAUUUUUCCUCUAUUUUAGGUAAAAGGUGGGAGUAACCGAAGGGAAACUAGGUAACCUGGUGGUCAGUGAACUGCGUUUCCUGCAGCCGCGUGCGCGUAUUUUAAUAUUAACCCGGUAAUUAUAAUAUUGCUCGCAGUUUCAAUGUUAAUAUAUACUUUUUACUUUUUUUACAAAUAUAAAAGGUAGGUAAAAAAAAAUCGGUUUUAUUUUUUAAUAAAUUUGAUAUCUUAAGUGAAUAAACAUUCAGCGUUAAAUAAAAUGAAUAUGCAUGGCGGCCGUAUAUUAAAAAUAUAUAUUAUUAUUAUGUAAAUGUACCGCAUACGUAAUAUAAUUUUAUGUUACCUAUAUAUUUUGAAAAGGUUCGGGAAUAAUAGGCUAACAUGCGGUACAAUUGUAUAAAAAAACGAAAAUGUUGCUAAAAAUUAAAAUAUUAAAAGUAUAUUAUUAUGCUGUAUAAAAUAGCUGCGGUUAUUACCUAUAUACUUUACGCGAAAAUGAACAAACUGCACUCUAUAAAAAAAAAAAAAAUAAACGUAUAUUAUAAUUAUAAUUUAUAACUUUUAUUACCCUCACACCCACCAAAAUGUGUAGUAGCCAGCUGUAUGUAUUAGAACCUCAUUUAGGCGAGUAUCCACGGGACUAUAUUUUGAAUAAUCACCUGUCCUCUAUUAUAUUACUAUGAUAGAUCUCUCAUAUUUUCAUUUUAUUUAUUGCAGUGCCUUCCGGAAGAAAAGAAUCCUCUAAUACUUUAUUAUUUACUAAAUACAUGUUUAUUUUGUAAAUCUGUAAAUCAAGCCUGGUGAAUAUAUUUCCGUGGAGUUGGUCCCCCGACAUUAUCCGAUCGAUUCGAAAAAUGUCUGUAUAUACCUAUGUGUAUAAGUACCUAUGUUUUGUAAAGGCUAACGUCAAACUAUGAUCUAAACAAAACCGUACAAUGAGAAAACUUAAAAACAAUAAUUGUCUACUAACUGUCAAAUAAUAUCGUGUAUUCGUGUAAGUACUCUAACUGCCAAUUCACGCCACAAUUAAAAACAAAUUCUAAUUAUUUCGAUGCUAAGUUGAAAGUAUAUACUUUCAUAUUGCCAUAUAAUUAUUGCUGUUGGUAUUAAAGUCGCAUUUAAAGUAUAACUGGAUAUAUUAUAACAUUAUGCACACGUAAUGCGUAUUUAACGUUGACUCUAAACGGCUUAGAAUCCGAUUCGAAAGCGAUAGUAUUUACUAUAACAAGUACUUAUGUAUCUGCGUGUUGUCGUCGUUGUCUUAUGGUAAUAUUUGUGUUAUCAACGGGUUUGUUUUUUUCUUUUUUUUUUACUAUAGUCCGACAUCGUGCACCAGUCUGUCUACGAGCUGGUGCAUUCCGAGGACCGAGAAGAGUUGCAGAGACAACUCAUGUGGAACUCGGCAAUACCCACGGAGCCGGGGUCGCCGUCUCCGUCCAUCACGUUGCACGAGGCUUUGCACCCGGAUAACGGCCGUUUGCUGCAGCGGAGUUUCACCAUCCGUUUCCGGUGUCUGUUGGAUAACACUUCCGGUUUUUUGGUAAUACACGACUGUAUACCUAUAUAAUAUAAUAGUAUUUAAUAAUAACGAAUAACAAAUGUAUACGUCAUACGUAUAAUAUACGAUUAUAAUUAGGUAUUUUACUGCAAUAUUGUUAUUUGUUUGUCAUUUUGCUAAAAUUAAUUUAUAUAUUAAUUAUGCAAUUUAAAAAAAAAAAAAAACUAAUAAUAAAAUUGGUUUUCAUUUGACGCAGAGACUGGACGUCCGCGGGCGAAUAAAAGUAAUUCAUGGCCAAAAUCGUAAAUCGGACGAACCGCCGCCGUUGGGCCUGUUCGCUCUGUGCACGCCGUUCGGGCCGCCGUCUUUACUUGAAAUACCGCACAAGGAAGUCAUGUUCAAGAGUAAACACAAGCUCGAUCUCAGCCUGGUGUCCAUGGACCAAAGGUCUGUUUCUGUAUAUUUAUGUAUAUCCCCCUUCAAAACCCAGAAAACUAAUAUUUGUUUUUAAUGAUAAAUAUUUUACUUUAAUAUACAAAAAUUGACAAAAACCCGACGUAUGGAAUUCUAUAAUACGGUAUUACUAAUAAUUUUAUAGUUAGUAAUUUUUAUCAAAUUUUCAUAUAAACAAUUUUAUUUCGAAAUUAUGAGAUUGUAAAACGUAAAACUAAAUGUAGUUUGAUAAAGUGGAAGCAGAAAAAAAAGAAGAAGAACAAUCCUAUUAAGAAAAAAUUAUAAUACCUACUUCUUUUAUAGUCCAUGUAUUAAUAUAAUAUUAAAUUAUACAUUAAUAUAAUAUAAAAUAAAAUUAUUUAUUUAUAUAUUUAUAUUGUAUAAUUGAGAUACAAGAUAAAAUUUAGAAUAAUAAUUUAAUAAUAUGAUAUGCCGAGUGAUACCAAUUGAACACUUAAUAUUUUUGUGUAAAUGGCCAUCUAUUUGAAUUGCUCGACGAUACGAAAAUACUUUUUCAGCGUAAAUGUAGAAUUUAUAUUGUUUUCAAUAGUGUUUUUAUCUACCAUAUAAGGCAUAUAACCAUCAGUUCGAUUCCAUAUUUUAAUAGAAUCUUCUUAUUUAACCAGUUAAUUAAAUUCGGUUAAGAAUAAUGUAAAUUCUUUGUUCUUUUUUUUUAAGAUUCUGAGCGUAGCUAUAGCGUAUUAUGAUGAUGGAUGCCUACACAACUUCUAUAAUAUUAGUGGGUUUGGUAUGAUUUAAGUAAUUUCUGUAAUAAAUUAUACUAAUAAACCCCCCCGCCCAAAAAAUAAAGUUAUGAAUACGCUACUGGAACGAGAAUUUUAUUUAUUUAAUUACAUCUAUAUAACCAAAAAACAAAUGAAUAAUUUUUUUUUUUUUUUAGAGGCAAGCUUUUAUUGGGUUACUGCGAUUCUGAACUCGCUAAUAUGGGAGGAUACGACUUGGUCCAUUACGAUGAUUUAGCGUACGUAGCCAGCGCCCACCAAGAACGUGAGUACAUUUCAUUGGAUGUUUGAUACAUGCAAUUGCAGUUAAUAGCAUACACACUUAUCUAUUAAAAUAUCUAUUUCCCACCUAUAAUAUAAUCAUUUCCAAACAACUUAUAAUAUGUAAUUGCAUUUAUUAUUUUCUCACGAAAUAAUUCGUGUUUUUCGGUUUAGACGCGUUCUAUACGAAAUACAUCUUGUGAUUAGGCACUCAAAGUGGUAAUAUAAGUAGUACUGGUCUUGUUAAUAUUAUAUUUUCUUUCGCCGACUUAUGUUUCAAUGAUAUACAAAAAAAUUACAGUUCACGUUUUUUCUAACCUAAUAUAGUUUUAGGUAUUUUUUCAUUUAAAAUUGUAUAACCGUAUCUAUAUAAACCACAUGAUAUAUUAAAACGUAUACCUGUAUAGUCUAUAUUUAAUGAACAUUGCGUAAAUACCUAUACUGAAUAUUAGUAUAUACAUGUGUUCCACUACAUCUUUACCAACUAAUUGAAUUUUUUUUUUUCGAUCAAAUUUAAAAUACAUGUUCAAGUACGUUAUUAUCAUGCGCCCGACCUUCUAAAACCGAUAGCUAUACAUUAUUAGCUCUCUUCAAAAUCAACAAAUAUAUAAAUACGACUAUUAUUGUUUUGAUAUUAUAGUGUUGAAAACUGGAGCAUCGGGAAUGAUUGCCUACAGGGUGCAGACCAAACAAGGCACCUGGCAAUGGCUACAGACAAGUUCGCGACUGGUUUACAAGAAUUCAAAACCCGAUUUCGUAAUUGGCACGCAUAGACCUUUAAUGUGAGUACAUAAUAUAGAAGUACAGUUCUCGAAACUAUAUAAACCAAAGUACCUACCAGACUAAGUAAAAACUAAUUAGAAUAUAUUGAUAGUUUGAAAAUGGGUAAUUCAUGUAUAUAAUAGUACCUAUUUCACAUUAUACACAUUGUACAAAUUAUAUGAAUAGGUGAGGUACUAGGUCGUGUGGAAAUUUGAAUCGAAAUUUUAAGGAACGGUAGAACGACCUAACCGCCGAAUUCUCGACGUGGUUUUCCGCAUCACUUUCGUCGGCGGGAAGCUGACAAUAUAAAUAAGGACGUUUUUAUCUCCAUGCGAAUAUAAUUAAUCGAAUUCAAUAUAUGAUACGUUUAACAAAACAUCUGAAUACCAUCCUGUAUAAGAGCUAUUAUACCAAACAAUAAUAAUCGAACGUUUGAUAAAGAGCAAUAGUUACCAAACAUUCAUCUUAUUGUUAUUGAUGUGUGUGUGUGUGUGUGUGUGUUAUAUUAUAUGCACAGGGAAGAAGAAGGCCGCGAUCUUUUGGGCAAGCGAACUAUGGACUUUAAGGUCAGUUACUUGGACGCGGGCCUGUCGAAUAGCUACUUCAGCGACUCGGAACAACUCCCGGGCACGCUUUCGACCGCCGUCACUGGCGCGUCGUCCACCGGCUCCGGUACCGCCGGGCCUACGGGUCAAACACAACCAUCGCAGCCCAGACGCCGGUACAAAACGCACCUACGGGACUUUCUAUCCACGUGCCGAACGAAACGGAAACUGUCGGCGAGCACCGCGCCGCCGGCCGCCACCGUGGCCACGACCAAUACGGUUGAGUACCCGACGGCGGUACAGGCACCGCCCGUGCCGGUCGCACCACCGCCGACGGCCGACGUGCUUUACACGAACCUCAAUACGGCGGCGUUGUACUCGGCGGGUCCGUACAACGGGACUGUGGCCGCCGAUAACGGCGGAUACCACCAAACGAAUUUCCACCAGUCCCUAUACGAUACUCGAAUACCGUAUCUGACAGCCACCGACAAUCUGUUCCAGUAUAGGUAAUUAUCAUUAUCACGUUGUAAUGUUCGGUUAAUGUAAACGAUUUGUCCCGAACAAUAAUGCUAUUAACACGAUUGUUUUAAAUUGUUUACACAACAUACAAUUUUUAGUUGAUGUUUACAGUAAAUUGUGUCACUCGUCCAAAACAAAAUACGCGUUCAACGCGUUGUUUUAAAACCAAACAUUUUUCAACUUUACUAAGAAUACGCGCAUAAAUUACUGUGUUCGUAUUUACUAUACGACGAUAACAAUGGUUUUACGUUUACAGGCCUUUGGGUAACUAUUACACCGAGUACCACACGCCUACCACUACGCCGUACAUGGGAAAUGGUUUCUUGGACAUAAGUCCGAGAGCGCCGCCGGUACAAUGCGGUCUGCCAACGUAUGAUCAACUGACCGCUGUAACGUCGGCGACGGUAAGCGGCAGGGAAUGCGUGGAAAAGUUGUACGGUUCUCCGCCAGUAAUUUCUAUGGAACACCACCAUCAGCAACAACAACACCAUCACCACCAUCACCAACAACAACAACAACAACAACAUCACCAACAGCAUCAGCAGAGCGGAGAGGACAACAUGGACAAAUGUCACAUGGAUGUUGCCACGGUGGCUGCCGCCGCUGGUCUACCGUACCUGGCACCGUUGUGCGACGUUCAGUUCCGCACGAAGAGUUCGUCGCCGCCGGUGUCGAACGGACUGAAAAUCGAAGACACAAAAACCGAGUACGGAAUGCAAUCGUCCGAUUCGGACGUCCCUAGGCAAACGGUACUCAUGUGGGGCACGUGUGUAGGGGACUCGUCGUCGUCGUCGCCGCCCAACCAAUCGCCGGGUGGCGGCGGCGGCGGUAACGGUGGUAAUAAUAGUAACGGCGGCAGCGGCGGCAUCGGCGGCGGUGUUAACGGCAGUGGCGGUGGAUCAGGAGGAGGAAGUGGUGGUGGUGGUGGUAGUAGUGGUGGUGGUGGUGAUGCUAACGGUGUUGAUGGUGAUGGCGUGCAGAUUGGUGGUAGUGGUUGUACCGGUGCCGACGGUGCUGGUGGGGAUUCAAGGACGUCACCGCAGACAAACGGCCACCCCCCGUCACCGUACAUGCAGCAGAAGAAAAUGUCGCCACCCGCGCCGCCACAGCCACCGACUUCCGGUCCUUCCGAUCCGCUCUGCAAGUCUCAUUUACAGACGGACAUGCCCGACACACCACCCAGUCCGACAGCGGCGGUGGCGGCGGCGGCGGCGGCCGUCGCUUACGCCAACCACCAUCAUUACCAUCACCACAACCAGUAUCAUCACCAUCAUCAUCAUCAGCAGCAUCAUCUAACCGGGGGCCCUGAGGUAUGGACACCCCCGCACGCGCACCCUCCACCACCACCACAACCUCCACCGCACCACUUCUAUGCUUAUCACCACCACCAGUGAGUGUUUUUAUUUUCGAGCACAAUCGUGCGCAGUGCGAUCGAGUAUCAAAAUUUCGAAUCGUUAUAAUGUAAUGCAAUCUGCAGUUUGCUAUAUAACAAUGGGACUAUAUUUUUUACGUGCAUUGUUCAACCAUAACUUGUAUACAAUUAUUAAUUUGUUUCUAAUUCGAUCACGCUGUGCGUAUAUUUUAUGUUGUACGGUUAUUAUUAAAAAAUACAAACAUUUUAAAACUGUAAAUAUAAAUGUCGAUUGAUUUUAAACGAAUUAUCAAUUAUAAUGUAUAAAUCUAUUAGAUGAUCAAAAUAAAUCGUUAUAAAACUGCUUAUAUUCGUAGAGUCGACAACGUUUUAGCAAAUGGUUCUUAUUAUAAGGGAUAUGUAGAGGUUUAUUAGAAAAUAUCAUGACCAAGAUCAAAAAUACAAAACUCGUAAUAUAUUAUUACUAAAAUACAAAGUUGAACCUGCCUAACAUGUUUUUUUUUUUUUAUGAAUUCGUGCCAUGCUAUUCAUAGAUUAGUUACAUUUUUUUUUUUUUUUUUGCAACUAGUAACGCAUAAAUAGGUAAAAAUAUUUUGGUAGUAGGUAUUAAGCACCUACUUAAGUACAAAUAAAACAAUCAAAUUCAAUAGCACUCUAGAGUUACGUCAAUAAGCGUAAAUAAUUUUUAUAAAUCGAUCAAUUUAUACGUUUUGGUUGACGAAUAAAAAUUAACGAUAAUAUUAUAUUACAUGAGUGUGCCUUAAAACACGUAUAAAAUAAAACGAAGCACGUGAAAAUAUAAUAUUUCGCAUUACACAUCGCGAAGCGUCUCGUUUACGAUCGUAACAAUAGUCUUUUUUUCUUUUUUUUUUUUCUAUACAGCAACAGCAACAGCAACACCAUCACCACCUCCACCAGCAACAACAACAACAACAGCAACAACAACAACAGCAGCAGCAGCAGCAGCAACAGCAGCAGCAGCAGCAGCAUGGUCGAUGCCUAUCAUCACGAUCCGUACUACCACAACAACUAUCAUCAUCUAUACAAUCACUCUGCUCACCAUCAAACCGCUGUAAUGCCGGCGCCAGCGCAAUACCCGAGUCCAUCUCAGUCCAGGUUAAAUCACAGGACUGCAGUCCUCUGUUGUCCAUCUCGGAGGUAACCAACACUCUGUUGAACCAGUGAACCUGGUCCGUGAUUCGAAACGGUACACGAAAGAACUGCCAACCCGCGUCCCGAUUCCCGGGUAGACGCCUCGUGGUCUGUUCUAUCGCAAAACUGGACGGUUUUUUGGAUUUUAUUUGGAAGGAAGUUUUAGUAAACGCCCGAUAUUUUCGGUUAGUAACCGAGUUAAAGUCCCGUCAAAUAAUUUUUGUGUUGGUUUUUCCGCGUUAAAACGCGCUUAUACGAUGACGAAAUACUUUAGAUACACACUAAUGGUACAGACAGUCUUGUUUUUUAAUACUGUUCUAGAUAUUUUGAAUACAUGUGCUCGAAUACAUGUACCUGAAUAUUUCUUUUUAUAUUUUAUUUUUUACAUUUUCCGAAAAAAUCUUCGGAUAAAUAGUAAAAUAGUGAACAACAAGAACCAACUAAAAAUAAACACAAAUUCGAAAAGGAUUCUAAUGCGUAUUCUAAAUUGUUUUAUCCAUUUAUUCGAUUAUUUAUUCCGAAUACAAAAAUAUUCAUUACAAGACUGGGUAACUAUACGCAGUGUUCGAAUUGGAGGGGGGCGUAGGUGAACGGAGCUCCUUGAUUUUUUACAAAAAAACAUAUAUUAUUAACUCAAGUAAAAAUGGGUAAAUAUUACCUUUUUUAGAAUUAAAUAUCAAAUGAUAAACAAAUUUACUAAUAUUAUUCUUCAGCCUUAAACUACUAUAAUUAAAUAUUAUAUUUUCUGUAUUGCACUAUUACCCUGUGUGACAAUAAAGUAAGUAAUUUAACUAAAAUCUAACAUAAUCAUUUCUCUUUUUUUAACGAAAAUACGAAACAAUUUUUAAAUAAAAAAUUGAUACAUAUUGUAAAUUUAAAUCAUAUUAUUUUUUUUAUCAUUUAUUUUCUUUUUGAAACAUAUUAAUACAAAUAAAAUAAAUAAAUAUAUAACCAAAAUCAAAGGCUGCGGGAGUAUUAUAAUAAUAAUAUUUGUAAUAAUUGUCUUAUAAUUGUAAGAAACUUUACGUUUUACAAUUCGAACACUGGGUAUAGGAAAUCAUUUUCCAUGGGACAAAUAUUGUUAAUGUUAACGAAGCGCAAAAAAAAAAAACAAAUAUUGUCCCCGAAAAUCAAAUGAAAUUAUUUAAUUUCAACCUAUAAACUAAUAAGUAUUCAUAAAAGACAAACAAUCCGACAAUCCUGUUGUAUAGAAUAUUAUAUAGUUACAGUAAAAUCCUAACCUAACCUAAUCAGUAAAAUCGAUACGAUAAGCCCUCCUUACAGAAAAACAUAAACCGUCCAUACAUCAUUUACGGAAAUUUCAAAAUGAGAACAUUGUGUGUAUCAAAGCUUUUAUUUUUAAAUUUAAUUUUCAAUUAAAAAUCGCUUUACAGUUGAGUUUAUUGAAAAUAUUGAAGAAAUAACAAUUUAAUUGUUUUCCAACGUAUAUUGACUUAAACAUGGCAAUUUUUUUUAUCAUGAACCACCAAUAAUUAACUCGGAAAAUUUUAAAUGAAUUUGAUUUCUGUUUUUUUUUUUUUUGAUCAUUAUUGUGGAAUCGUUUAAGUUUUAUUUUAAUUUUUUACUCCUACUUCAAAUACUUUAAAUAAGUACACAAUUUUUGUCUUUCAAAUAGGAACUUCAUAUUUAAAAAUAGAUAUUAUACAAUUUAUUACACUUUCCGAAAUCUCCAGUCUAAACUUUAAAUGGUUUUAACUCAUAGAAGAUAAAUCUGAUAUUAAUGUUAUGUACACCAAAAUUUCAAAAAAAAUAUUCCAUAAUUGAAUCUGUGUCCAAAAAGGGAGGAUUCUGUUUGAAAAACAUUAUUAUAUAUUUAUUUAAAGUACAGUCGAAUCCGCUUUAUUGGGACACAUCGGUUGCAUUUUAUUUUGUCCCAAUUCGAUAAAAAUGGCCGAAGUCAUCCAUGCAUUUUUAUUUGAGUGAUACUCAACUGGUAAUUUUUGUAAAGAAAUUUGUUGAAAACAACGUGGUUUUUUACUUUUUCCGAUCACUAAGAGCUUUUUUUUGUCAGUCCCACUUACGUUCACACAACACAGUACAGUUAUUCUCUCCAUAGCUUUUUUUGAUCCAGCUAUCAAUUCGUGUUUAAAACAUAGAGAACCAUCUGGUGUUGCACGAUAGUAUAAUCCGGUUUCAUCUGCAUUAUAAAUAUCUUCGAGAGAAAUUUUUGCAAGAAUCUGUGGAAGUUUUGUAAGUUUCCAUUCAUCGGCCCCAUCAGAAUUUGCACUAGCUUUUUCGCCAUGUGCUCUUUUAAAUUUUAUGUCGUGCUUUACUUUCCACCUAGAUAACCAACCUUCGGUGGCUUUGAAUUCGUCGUUACCAACUUUUCUAGCAAGGUCUUCGGAUUUAGCUUUUAAUAUUGGACCUGACACUUGAACGCCCCGGCUAGUAGCCAGUGUAAACCACUGAGUCAGUGCCUCAUCUACAUCUGAAUCUUUACCCUCUCGUUUCCUUUUCCGUGUUGUCACUUGGCUAUGAGCUUGUUCUCGCGAAACCUGUUCUUGAAGUUGAAUUCGUGCGAUUGUUGAUUUCGGUAUUCCUAAAAUUUCCGAAAGACAACGAGUACUACAGCCUAGUGGCUGUAAUUUAAUAUUGUCGAUAAUUUCUAAUUUUUGCGCGAGCGAUAAAUCUUUACGUACACGAAACAUCGUUAAUACACGCGACAAACACGACUGAUGCACCAAAUAACAUUCAACGAAUUCAAUGAAGAGGAAAAAUUUCCUUUGUGAACAUACGAUAAGAUAAAAUUUAAUCUAAUAAACGAUUACGCGAGUCGGUCGCGAUUUUCGAACUACUGAUCUAUUAAUAUACUCGAUAAAAAUAUCCCAAUUAUCCGAAUUCGUGGCCUAGAUAAGCGGUGAACGUUUACCCUACAAGUAUACAUUUGUUUUCGUAAUUGAAGAAUUGUCCCUAUUAAGCGGUUGUCCUUAUUAACCGGUGUCUCUAUUAAGCGGAUUCGACUGUAUAUGGAGUAGGGAUGAAAAUUAAAAACGGUUUUAAUAUAAAACUUAUACGAUUUCACAUUGAUUAAUAAACCGAAAUCAAAUUCACUUAAAAUCCUCCGAGAUACUUGCUAGUUCAUUAUAAAAAAAAUCACUCUGCUGUUAAAUUGAAACGUUCAUUUUCUUCAUAUAGUAAUAAAAAUAUCUACAUAAAAUAAAUUAUUUAUGUUAUUUGUUUAAGACUUUUAGUGUCCUAUAUAAGAUACUACCAAGAUGAUAGACAUCAAUAAUCUAUAUAAAUCUUCAUCGGUCUAUAUUAUUUAUUUUAUUAGUAAUUUUAAUAUCAUAUUGUAUUAUUAUUAUUAUUAUUCUGAAAAUAAUGUCUAAUUUUGUUUAUUUUUUCAGACUUUUUCUCGUAUUUUUUAAUAAAAUGUAAUUCAUUGCACAAAAACCGAUUUUUAUUAAAACAAUAUUUAUAAUAUAUAAUAUAUUGAAAAUUGUAUGAUUGUCUUCAUAAAAUCAAUUUCUUUUUAGUUUUAUGGUUUUUUUCUGUGAUACGAAUAGGCUAUAUUAUAUUAUUAUAUUUAUAAAAAUCUAUUCGCGAUGUAGUUUUUUAGAUUUAGUUUGUAUUUUAUACCAUAUUAAUUAUCUUUGAUCGCUUCGAAAUGUGAAGUUUUUCUUAUCGAGCAGAUCACAAACUUAUUAUAUAUAUAUACUAUACAUUACUUUGCUUGUAAAAAUAUUUGUAUACAUCAUUUACCUGUAUAUAUAUAAUCUUCUCUACUUAUUUAUUUGUAAUUAUUUUUUUGUUAUUUUUGAC